CGUAACGGUGGAACCCAGGCGCCGUAAAUUCCACAAGGCAAUCACGCUGAGUAUGCCGGCACCGAGGGCCCACAGCCAGGGGAUGAUCAAUCAAUACUCUGGCAGCGCGCCCACCCUACGACUGUUGUGCUCCAUCACCGGUGGUACGACCCGGGCACAAUGGGAGGAUGUAACUGGAUCGACGCCGCUCACGUUCGUGAACGAUUGCGUAUCGUUCACGACCACCGUAUCGGCACGGUUCUGGCUGAUGGACUGUCGCAACAUAGCCGAUGCAACCAAGAUGGCAACCGAGCUGUACAAAAGCCAUACACGUACCGUUUAUGGCCAAGUUUGUCGUGUUCGCCAAGCGUACCGAUCCGCUAGAGGCGCGUCUCCGCGUCUUCUGCAUGACAGACGAUCGUGAGGACAAGACGCUCGAGCACCAGGAACAUUUUACCGAGGUGGCCAAGAGCCGCGACGUGGAGGUGCUGGAGGACAAGCCGCAGUACAUCGAGCUGGCCGGCAACCUCGUGCCGGUGACCAAGUCGGGCGAGCAGCUCGCCCUCCCGUUCAAGGCGUUCCGCGAGAACCGGCUGCCGUUCGCCGUGCGCGUCAAGGACCAGCACGCGGACAUCGUCGGCCGGACGCUGUUUAUGCGCGAGCCCAAGAUUGCCAAGGGUGAGCCGCCGCAGCAGCCGAUCUGCAUACUGAACAUCGUGCUGCCGGAAACGAUCAUACCGGAGCAGACGACCACGAUAACGGACUCGCACGAAAUUAUGCUACGCGUCGGGCGGGUGCGUGCCGUCGUACCACCGCGCCAGCUCGUCGACGACCAGAACUAUCUGGGCGAGCUGCGCAUCGUCGACAUUUCCAACCUGCUCGGCGAGGACUGGAUCCGGCUAGCGCCAGAAAUUGGCGUGAGCGAGACGGACGUGGAGAACAUUGUCGCGCAGAUACCGGCCAGCACGGCCCAGCAGGCGCAGGCCAUGCUGAAGCAGUUCCAGUCGAAACCGAACAAUGACUUUAACAUACUCGAGAACGGGCUGCGCACCAUCCACCGGGACGAUAUCGUGGAGCGGUGCAUACGCAGUGCGACCACCACCGGCACCACCACCACCGUUACGAUGCGCAACAAGACCUCCUUCUCGAUCGGCAAGCGCAGUGUCGAGGCGGUGGAGCUGCUCUCCGAAACGGAUUCCAUUGCAAAGAUGGCACAAAAAGAAGAUCGCCUCUCGAAACAGGAAUCUACGAAGUAUUCGGCAGAGGAGAAAACCGUCGAAGAGUCGGAAGAAUCGGAGGAGGAGAUGGUGAAGAAAACGGUGGCGGAGCGGCGGAAGCAGAUCGAGAAGCGCCUGUCAGCGGACCGUUCCAUACCGGCCUCGACGCAGAAGCGCGAGAUCGUGGAGGAGAUCAUCACCAUCAAGCGGCAGAGCGUUAUCGACGAUACGCGCGCCAAGCACGAGGAAGAGAUACUGCUCCAGAAACCAAUCGACAACACGUACAAGUCGUCCACCAUGCCCGAGCCGGUGGUGAAGCUAAAAACGACCGUCGUCAAGGAUGGACCGGGCGUGCGGAAGGACGAGUUCGAACAGGAGCUGCAGGACAAGUUUAAGGUGACGCUGAAGAACGUGGAAGAGUUCGAGCACCGGUCGGAGGUGCUGGAGCAGCUGGCCACGGAAGCGACCUCGGUCUCCGCAUCGUCGCCGCGCGUGGUCGAGGAGAUCAAGAAGAAGGUGGAGGAGCGUGUCCCAGCCGCGCUGGACGAGCCGACGGAGCCAGCGGAGCAGCAGCCGGUCGAAAGUGCCGUGCCGCCGGUGCCGAAAGAGCGUGCCCCGGUGCCGGCAAAGCGCACCAGUCUCACCAAGGAACCGGAAGAGUUCCAGGGCGUCGUGGAGGAAUCGAUCAAGGACGUGAAGCAACGCAUCAGCUCGUUCGAGACGAAGUCCAAGACGGAAUCGCUUGUGGACAGCAAGCAGUCGUCGGUGGACACGACCAGCGGGCGUGACUCGUGGAGCGACGAUCAUCGGCAGGCGAGCAAGCGCACCGACUCGGAGCAAAUCUCGGAGGACUCCGAGCAGGAACCGUUGCUCCGCAGGGACGAGCAUUCCAGCGUCCAGCGCACGGUUGGCGAAUCGUCCGUGGUAACGACAACGCAACAGGCGUUCACCACCGUCGAACAGCUGGAACGGCACGAUGUGUCGCAUGCCGUCGAGGAGAAGAGGGAAAGUUUGCUGGAAGCUUUCGGCGCUGCCGACGCCGGUCCGGCACAGUGGAAGGAGCCGGACUCGGAACCGUCAUCGCUUUCGGAAGCCACCGGCAGCAGCACCUCCAGGCGGGAGGAAAGCAUCUCCCAGCACUUCAAGUCGGAAACGGUCAGCAAGGUGGAGGAAACGGUCACCAAGAUGUCCACCACGGUGGAAACGAAAACGGUGGCCGGCCUGCCCGGAGGCCUUGACGCGUUCACCCUCGGCAAGGGCGAUGAGACGAUCGUGCGCGAAGAGUUUGUGGCGCGCAGUGCCGCGAGCAGCAGCAUCGUCGACCGCACGGUGGAGUCGGUGGUGCGCGAGGUGCGCGACCAGGAGCCGGCCGUCGAGAAGCGGGACAUGCACCGCGAGGUGCAGGAAACGGCCGACAAGAUGGCCGCCCUGAGCAGCGUAGAAACGGUACAGAUCGGCGAGGGGACCGCCCCGCAAGUGUCCACCGCCGCGGCGUACACCGUCGAGCGGUUCGAGGGGCUGCAGUCGGAGGUGGUCAGCCAGGAUGCGGCCGGUAUGGUGGCGGAGCGAACUGGUACAGCCGUGAGCAGCGUCGAAACCGGCGUUAGCCAGGGCGAGGACACGGUCAGCGAGAAGAUUGUCGAGCGGGAGGAAGAGGUGCGCCGCCGGGUCGAGGAGAACGUGUCGAUCGACAAGCCGGUGGUGCAGGAGACGGUGGCGCGCACGGUUACGCAGGAAGUUACCUCCAAAAUUCCGGUGCCGUCGAAGAAAAGCUCACCGGAAGCAAAGGACCAACCGCCCAUGCCGGCCGCCCAGCCAACGGACGGUGAACCGUCGGCUGUGGAUCGGAUGGAAGCCGCAGACCAACCGAAACAGACAAUCGAGCAGCAACAGGCAGAGCUGUCGUCCCGGGCGGAGGAGAUGAUCGAGACGGUGGUUGAGCAUGCGGAGUCGGUCGCUUCCAGGAUUCCACGCUUCGGCACGACCAAGCCGGCCGCCCCGAAGUCGGAAGCAGUGGUGGCGGCAAAGUCGCCCGAACCGGACACCUCCAGCCUGUCGAAGAUUCCGGUCCUGAAGGAUCGCAAAGUGUCGGAGCAGUUUUCGAGCGAUUCGUGCGAAACCGUCAUCGUGCAGCGGUCGGUCGAGGAGCUGCAGCCGCACGCGGAACAGGUGACGGCCAGCGAGACGGUGCCGGACCGCGAGUACGAUGAGGAGAUCAUGUCUGCCACCGCGUACGGCAGCGAGCGCACCGUGACGGAAAUCAUUACCGAGGACCAUCGCGCUGUCACGCCGGACGAUUUCAUCGACGAGAUCAUCGACGAGGCGCAGGACAAGGUGCAGCGGCAGCUGCAGUCGGCCGAGGUUACCGUCGGCACGCUCGACCUAAGCCACUCGGAAGAAGAAUCGUUCGACAAGUCCGCCUACCCGAUGCAGGAGUACAUCUCGAGGCCGGGAGGUGGCAGCGGUUUCGAUGCUAAUGCUACCAUCGACGACGACGACGAAGACGAAGAGGCGGAGCGGGAGCGGGAGAAAUGGAAAGAGGAUGCAAACUCUUCCGUGCCCGAUGACAUGUCGACGACCGAUUUCGAAGCAUUCCGCGAGUACCACUGGUUGGAUACGCCGGAUGCGGCCGGUCCGGCCGGGCAGCGGUACGGGCUGGCCAGAACGUCCACACCGAUCCGUGACGCAACGGUGGCCGCCGGCGUGACGCUCGCGUCACUGGAGGAUUUGGAUACGCUCAGUCCACUGUCGGCGGGUGAGGCGAGUGAUGGGCGAAAGUUGGCGCUUCCGGAGGAGGCAGGAAGUGGCACAGGCGAUGUGGGUGGUACCAUCGACGCAUCGGCGAGCGCUGUCAGAUCGUCGCGCAAGCACUUUAACCUUGACCUGGACAUGGACGUAACCUCGACCAAGACGACGACGACCGCGACUUCGACGACUACGGCGACCAAGGCACGCAAGACGACGACGUUCGAGAAGAGCUUCAAGCCGGAAAGCCACUCGAACCGCGGCACUUCACCCAUGGACGAGGUGGUGGAGUCGCCCGACAGCGUGCACAGUGCGCGGUUCGGGCGCGGCGAGUCGCCCGCGAUCAGGCUCGUGAUAGGACGGAAGGAGAUCAAAACGUCCGACACGUCGGCGAUAACCGAAAGCCGCCUGACGGUGUACGGCCACAAGGAUGUGGAGAUAUCGAUCAGUUCCCAAUCGACGAUCAGUCUGACAACGACGCACACUUCCAAAGAUGGUCGCGACAAGACGACGGAAGUAAGUUCAAGCGGCGGCGAGGUAAAGGAGGUAAGCAGCGGCAAGCGGUACAAACAGUUCAAGCUGGUGGACGAUCCCGACUCGGAGCAAACCGAGCGUAAGCGGGACGAGGCAGUAUCGUUUUCGAAGAAGAAGAGCGUGUACCUGUUCGGAAGCUUCGAUUCCAGCAGUGGAUCGCCCAUCACCGAGACGAGCGUCUCGCAGCAUGUGACGGAUACGGGCAUAUCGCUGACGAGAGGUUUCACUGAAACCAUGACCUCGCCCGGUGUCAUAUCGUCCUCCGUCGAGGAGAAGAACAAGAAGGUAAGCAUCAUUACCGAUACGGCUGUUGAUGUGGAAAUUGAGGAACUGGAACUUACCGAUGCUGGCCUGAGCCCUAUUCUUCCGGAUGAGGCGGACGUAACCGCGGAUUUCCAGUUGGCCGAAGAAGAUGUGCACUUUGCGCACACGGGCACGAGUCCGAUGGACUUCGAAGAGCAUUCGGUAUCGGCAGCGCUGGACACUUCCGAAGCGGCCACGCUGACCGAUCGCGUAGAGACAAAGGAUGCGUCGAACAGCCCGUUGGAUGUGCAUAUCACUUCCAUCCUCAAGCGCGACGUCAGCAAGCUGACCGACGAAGAGUUGCUGACGGGUCGCCGAGGAUCGGGCGACGUGAAGGCAAAAAUAAAAAUGCUGGAGCAAAGCUCCAAAGCACAUAGUGCACAAAGCUCACCCAAGAAGAAGGUUGAGUUUGAAGAACAUCAACUGAAGCACGACAGACAGGACUCGCCGAAACGGCAGAAGACUUCGGGUAAAAUAACGGAGCUGCGCAAGAUAUUUGGCGAAGAGGAAGAACCGGUCGAGUCGAAUGUUAUGUCGGAGUCAAUUCCGCCUAUUCAGGAGGUAAUCAAGCAACUGGAAAAGAGAAUAGCAGUUAAACAGGUAGAGAGUUCUGCUCGCGCUGAAGUUUUUACCAAACGUUCCGAAGUGGACGUUGAAGAUUUAACGUCCCAGAUAAUACCCGUAAAGGUUUCAGAACCCCAGGAGCCAAUGGUAGAAAAAGACCAACAAAUAUCAAAGCUAGUACGCGGUGUUCAAAGCCUCGGCAUGCGAGAACAAAGUACUAAGCAACUCGAGCAAGAACGACGUAAUGUAGAGCUAAGAGCAGCUAUCGAUGAACCGGUUUGCGAGAAGCUUGCUGAGCGCAAGAUCGUUACCGAUCUAGUGAAGGACGAGCUGGAUAGUGAAGAUAAUGAACUAAGAAAAACAAAUGAUCUUAUAAAAAUGUUUGAGAUGAAACGAACUACUUCUGAGGAGGCUAUUAAAGCAAGCCCAAAACGAAAGCAAUUAAGCGCUGUUAGUCAGAAAAUGUCUACCACUUAUCUGGCGCCAAUGGUUUGUGAUAAAGAUAAACCUACUGAGAAAAUUGAUGAGGUAGAUUUUGUUAAAGUGGAGACAAGUGGGCAAGUUAACACGUUCAAUGAUGAUCAGCCUCCUGUAACGAAUCUUUCAGCUGCCCCUGAAUGUGUGAUAGAUGAAGAAUAUAGAAUGAAAAAUAUUCAAGAGCUCAAGGCCAGAUUUGAAACCAUGCAAGAAGCCAAUCAAACCUAUAUUAAAACACAAUCUCAAGAAAAGCCAUCAAGCACAAAACAUACUGCUACAGCGAUUUCGUACGAAACCAUCACGCAUCAAAAACCACAAUUAGGAGAUGCUACCAAAACACGCACGAAACGUGAAAUCUGUAAACUUGAUAACAACAUAAUUAAACAAUUUGAAACAACUGAAUGGUCCGCUACUGAACAACACCAAGAACCGAUAGAAAAACAAGAAAAAUAUAAUGAAUUUGAUAAAGCUCAAGAAAACACGAAACAAGCACAAGACGUGCAACGUGAAACAACAUUCAACAACGCACAUAUUCUGAAAACACAGACAACAGCAGCUCUAACACAGAGUUCAGUCAUGACCAAGCAGAAGCUGAUAAAAACUGAGAUAUUAGCCGAACUGGAACAAAGCAAAAUGGAACACGACAAACAGCCACAGCCAUCGGAAUCUGUGACUGAGGUUGUUGAAAAGGAACUGACCGAAGAUACCGAGCUGGUCGAGGCAAAGGUUAUCGAGACCGUAGUCGAGAAGGUUGAGGCCAAGGUUAUCGAGACCGUAGUCGAGAAGGUUGAGGCCAAGACAGAUGACAAGCCAGAACAAGACGAACAGCCAGAGCCAUCGGAGCCUGUGUCUGAGGUUGUUGAAAAGGAACUGACCGAAGAUACCGAGCUGGUCGAGGCAAAGGUUAUCGAGACCGUAGUCGAGAAGGUGGAGGCCAAGCCAGAUGACAAGCCAGAACAAGACGAACAGCCAGAGCCAUCGGAGCCUGUGUCUGAGGUUGUUGAAAAGGAACUGACCGAAGAUACCGAGCUGGUCGAGGCAAAGGUUAUCGAGACCGUAGUCGAAAAGGUUGAGGCCAAGGUUAUCGAGACUGUAGUCGAGAAGGUUGAGGCCAAGCCAGAUGACAAGCCAGAACAAGACGAACAGCCAGAGCCAUCGGAGCCUGUGUCUGAGGUUGUUGAAAAGGAAGUGGCCGAAGAUACCGAGCUGGUCGAGGCAAAGGUUAUCGAGACCGUAGUCGAGAAGGUUGAGGCCAAGCCAGAUGACAAGCCAGAACAAGACGAACAGCCAGAGCCAUCGGAGCCUGUGUCUGAGGUUGUUGAAAAGGAACUGACCGAAGAUACCGAGCUGGUCGAGGCAAAGGUUAUCGAGACCGUAGUCGAGAAGGUCAAGGCCAAGGUUAUCGAGACCGUAGUCGAGAAGGUUGAGGCCAAGCCAGGUGACAAGCCAGAACAAGACGAACAGCCAGAGCCAUCGAAGCCUGUGUCUGAGGUUGCUGAAAGGGAACUGACCGAAGAUACCGAGCUGGUCGAGGCAAAGGUUAUCGAGACCGUAGUCGAGAAGGUUGAGGCAAAGGUUAUCAAGACCGUAGUCGAGAAGGUUGAGGCCAAGCCAGAUGACAAGCCAGAACAAGAUGAACAGCCAGAGCCAUCGGAGCCUGUGUCUGAGGUUGUUGAAAAGGAACUGACCGAAGAUACCGAGCUGGUCGAGGCAAAGGUUAUCGAGACCGUAGUCGAGAAGGUUGAGGCCAAGCCAGAUGACAAGCCAGAACAAAACGAACAGCCAGAGCCAUCGGAGCCUGUGUCUGAGGUUGUUGAAAAGGAACUGACCGAAGAUACCGAGCUGGUCGAGGCAAAGGUUAUCGAGACCGUAGUCGAGAAGGUUGAGGCCAAGCCAGAUGACAAGCCAGAACAAGACGAACAGCCAGAGCCAUCGGAGCCUGUGUCUGAGGUUGUUGAAAAGGAACUGACCGAAGAUACCGAGCUAGUCGAGGCCAAGGUUAUCGAGACCGUAGUCGAGAAGGUUGAGGCCAAGCCAGAUGACAAGCCAGAACAAGACGAACAGCCAGAGCCAUCGGAGCCUGUGUCUGAGGUUGUUGAAAAGGAACUGACCGAAGAUACCAAGCUGGUCGAGGCAAAGGUUAUCGAGACCGUAGUCGAGAAGGUUGAGGCCAAGCCAGAUGACAAGCCAGAACAAGACGAACAGCCAGAGCCAUCGGAGCCUGUGUCUGAGGUUGUUGAAAAGCAACUUACCGAAGAUACCAAGCUGGUCGAGGCCAAGGUUAUCGAGACCGUAGUCGAGAAGGUUGAGGCCAAGCCAGAUGACAAGCCAGAACAAGACGAACAGCCAGAGCCAUCGGAGCCUGUGUCUGAGGUUGUUGAAAAGGAACUGACCGAAGAUACCGAGCUGGUCGAGGCCAAGGUUAUCGAGACCGUAGUCGAGAAGGUUGAGGCAAAGGUUAUCGAGACCGUAGUCGAGAAGGUUGAGGCCAAGCCAGAUGACAAGCCAGAACAAGAUGAACAGCCAGAGCCAUCGGAGCCUGUGUCUGAGGUUGUUGAAAAGGAACUGACCGAAGAUACCGAGCUGGUCGAGGCAAAGGUUAUCGAGACCGUAGUCGAGAAGGUUGAGGCCAAGCCAGAUGACAAGCCAGAACAAGACGAACAGCCAGAGCCAUCGGAGCCUGUGUCUGAGGUUGUUGAAAAGGAACUGACCGAAGAUACCGAGCUGGUCGAGGCCAAGGUUAUCGAGACCGUAGUCGAGAAGGUUGAGGCAAAGGUUAUCGAGACCGUAGUCGAGAAGGUUGAGGCCAAGCCAGAUGACAAGCCAGAACAAGACGAACAGCCAGAGCCAUCGGAGCCUGUUCCUGAGGUUGUUGAAAAGGAAGUGACCGAAGAUACCGAGCUGGUCGAGGCAAAGGUUAUCGAGACUGUAGUCGAGAAGGUUGAGGCCAAGGUUAUCGAGACCGUAGUCGAGAAGGUUGAGGCCAAGACAGAUGACAAGCCAGAACAAGACGAACAGCCAGAGCCAUCGGAGCCUGUGUCUGAGGUUGUUGAAAAGGAACUGACCGGAGAUACCGAGCUGGUCGAGGCAAAGGUUAUCGAGACCGUAGUCGAGAAGGUUGAGGCCAAGCCAGAUGACAAGCCAGAACAAGACGAACAACCAGAGCCAUCGGAGCCUGUGUCUGAGGUUGUUGAAAAGGAACUGACCGAAGAUACCGAGCUGGUCGAGGCAAAGGUUAUCGAGACUGUAGUCGAGAAGGUCGAGGCCAAGGUUAUCGAGACCAUAGUCGAGAAGGUUGAGGCCAAGACAGAUGACAAGCCAGAACAAGACGAACAGCCAGAGCCAUCGGAGCCUGUGUCUGAGGUUGUUGAAAAGGAAGUGACCGAAGAUACCGAGCUGGUCGAGGCAAAGGUUAUCGAGACCGUAGUCGAGAAGGUUGAGGCCAAGGUUAUCGAGACCGUAGUCGAGAAGGUUGAAGCCAAACCAGAAGACAAGCCAGAACAAGACGAACAGCCAGAGCCAUCGGAGCCUGUGUCUGAGGUUGUUGAAAAGGAACUGACCGAAGAUACCGAGCUGGUCGAGGCAAAGGUUAUCGAGACCGUAGUCGAGAAGGUUGAGGCCAAGGUUAUCGAGACCGUAGUCGAGAAGGUUGAGGCCAAGACAGAUGACAAGCCAGAACAAGACGAACAGCCAGAGCCAUCGGAGCCUGUGUCUGAGGUUGUUGAAAAGGAACUGACCGAAGAUACCGAGCUGGUCGAGGCAAAGGUUAUCGAGACCGUAGUCGAGAAGGUUGAGGCCAAGCCAGAUGACAAGCCAGAACAAGACGAACAGCCAGAGCCAUCGGAGCCUGUGUCUGAGGUUGUUGAAAAGGAACUGACCGAAGAUACCGAGCUGGUCGAGGCAAAGGUUAUCGAGACCGUAGUCGAGAAGGUUGAGGCCAAGCCAGAUGACAAGCCUGAACAAGACGAACAACCAGAGCCAUCGGAGCCUGUGUCUGAGGUUGUUGAAAAGGAACUGACCGAAGAUACCGAGCUGGUCGAGGCAAAGGUUAUCGAGACUGUAGUCGAGAAGGUCGAGGCCAAGGUUAUCGAGACCAUAGUCGAGAAGGUUGAGGCCAAGACAGAUGACAAGCCAGAACAAGACGAACACCCAGAGCCAUCGGAGCCUGUGUCUGAGGUUGUUGAAAAGGAAGUGACCGAAGAUACCGAGCUGGUCGAGGCAAAGGUUAUCGAGACCGUAGUCGAGAAGGUCGAGGCAAAGGUUAUCGAGACCGUAGUCGAGAAGGUUGAGGCCAAGCCAGAUGACAAGCCAGAACAAGACGAACAGCCAGAGCCAUCGGAGCCUGUGUCUGAGGUUGUUGAAAAGGAACUGACCGAAGAUACCGAGCUGGUCGAGGCCAAGGUUAUCGAGACCGUAGUCGAGAAGGUCGAGGCCAAGGUUAUCGAGACCGUAGUCGAGAAGGUUGAGGCCAAGCCAGAUGACAAGCCAGAACAAGACGAACAGCCAGAGCCAUCGGAGCCUGUGUCUGAGGUUGUUGUAAAGGAAGUGACCGAAGAUACCGAGCUGGUCGAGGCAAAGGUUAUCGAGACCGUAGUCGAGAAGGUCGAGGCAAAAGUUAUCGAGACCGUAGUCGAGAAGGUUGAGGCCAAGCCAGAUGACAAGCCAGAACAAGACGAACAGCCAGAGCCAUCGGAGCCUGUGUCUGAGGUUGUUGAAAAGGAACUGACCGAAGAUACCGAGCUGGUCGAGGCAAAGGUUAUCGAGACCGUAGUCGAGAAGGUUGAGGCCAAGGUUAUCGAGACCGUAGUCGAGAAGGUUGAGGCCAAGCCAGAUGACAAGCCAGAACAAGACGAACAGCCAGAGCCAUCGGAGCCUGUGUCUGAGGUUGUUGAAAAGGAACUGACCGAAGAUACCGAGCUGGUCGAGGCCAAGGUUAUCGAGACCGUAGUCGAGAAGGUUGAGGCAAUGGUUAUCGAGACCGUAGUCGAGAAGGUUGAGGCCAAGCCAGAUGACAAGCCAGAACAAGACGAACAGCCAGAGCCAUCGGAGCCUGUGCCUGAGGUUGUUGAAAAGGAAGUGACCGAAGAUACCGAGCUGGUCGAGGCAAAGGUUAUCGAGACUGUAGUCGAGAAGGUUGAGGCCAAGGUUAUCGAGACCGUAGUCGAGAAGGUUGAGGCCAAGACAGAUGACAAGCCAGAACAAGACGAACAGCCAGAGCCAUCGGAGCCUGUGUCUGAGGUUGUUGAAAAGGAACUGACCGAAGAUACCGAGCUGGUCGAGGCACAGGUUAUCGAGACCGUAGUCGAGAAGGUUGAGGCCAAGCCAGAUGACAAGCCAGAACAAGACGAACAGCCAGAGCCAUCGGAGCCUGUGUCUGAGGUUGUUGAAAAGGAACUGACCGAAGAUACCGAGCUGAUCGAGGCAAAGGUUAUCGAGACCGUAGUCGAGAAGGUUGAGGCCAAGGUUAUCGUGACCAUGUCUGAGGUUGUUGAAAAGGAACUGACCGAAGAUACCGAGCUGGUCGAGGCAAAGGUUAUCGAGACCGUAGUCGAGAAGGUUGAGGCCAAGCCAGAUGACAAGCCAGAACAAGACGAACAGCCAGAGCCAUCGGAGCCUGUGUCUGAGGUUGUUGAAAAGGAAGUGACCGAAGAUACCGAGCUGGUCGAGGCAAAGGUUAUCGAGACUGUAGUCGAGAAGGUUGAGGCCAAGGUUAUCGAGACCGCAGUCGAGAAAGUUGAGGCCAAGUCAGAUGACAAGCCAGAACAAGACGAACAGCCAGAGCCAUCGGAGCCUGUGUCUGAGGUUGUUGAAAAGGAACUGACCGAAGAUACCGAGCUGGUCGAGGCAAAGGUUAUUGAGACCGUAGUCGAGAAGGUUGAUGCCAAGGUUAUCGAGACCGUAGUCGAGAAGGUUGAGGCCAAGGUUAUCGAGACCGUAGUCGAGAAGGUUGAGGCCAAGCCAGAUGACAAGCCAGAACAAGACGAACAGCCAGAGCCAUCGGAGCCUGUGUCUGAGGUUGUUGAAAAGGAACUGACCGAAGAUACCGAGCUGGUCAAGGCCAAGGUUAUCGAGACCGUAGUCGAGAAGGUUGAGGCAAAGGUUAUCGAGACUGUAGUCGAGAAGGUUGAGGCCAAGCCAGAUGACAAGCCAGAACAAGACGAACAGCUAGAGCCAUCGGAGCCUGUGUCUGAGGUUGUUGAAAAGGAACUGACCGAAGAUACCGAGCUGGUCGCGGCAAAGGUUAUCGAGACCGUAGUCGAGAAGGUUGAGGCCAAGGUUAUCGAGACCGUAGUCGAGAAGGUUGAGGCCAAGCCAGAUGACAAGCCAGAACAAGACGAACAGCCAGAGCCAUCGGAGCCUGUGUCUGAGGUUGUUGAAAAGGAACUGACCGAAGAUACCGAGCUGGUCGAGGCAAAGGUUAUCGAGACCGUAGUCGAGAAGGUUGAGGCCAAGGUUAUCGAGACUGUAGUCGAGAAGGUUGAGGCCAAGCCAGAUGACAAGCCAGAACAAGACGAACAGCUAGAGCCAUCAGAGCCUGUGUCUGAGGUUGUUGAAAAGGAACUGACCGAAGAUACCGAGCUGGUCGAGGCAAAGGUUAUCGAGACCGUAGUCGAGAAGGUUGAGGCCAAGCCAGAUGACAAGCCAGAACAAGACGAACAGCCAGAGCCAUCGGAGCCUGUGUCUGAGGUUGUUGAAAAGGAACUGACCGAAGAUACCGAGCUGGUCGAGGCAAAGGUUAUCGAGACCGUAGUCGAGAAGGUUGAGGCCAAGCCAGAUGACAAGCUAGAACAAGACGAUCAGCCAGAGCCAUCGGAGCCUGUGUCUGAGGUUGUUGAAAAGGAACUGACCGAAGAUACCGAGCUGGUCGAGGCCAAGAAUAUCGAGACCGUAGUCGAGAAGGUUGAGGCCAAGUCAGAUGACAAGCCAGAACAAGACGAACAGCCAGAGCCAUCAGAGCCUGUGUCUGAGGUUGUUGAAAAGGAACUGACCGAAGAUACCGAGCUGGUCGAGGCAAAGGUUAUCGAGACCGUAGUCGAGAAGGUUGAGGCCAAGCCAGAUGACAAGCCAGAACAAGACGAACAGCCAGAGCCAUCGGAGCCUGUGUCUGAGGUUGUUGAAAAGGAACUGACCGAAGAUACCGAGCUGGUCGAGGCAAAGGUUAUCGAGACCGUAGUCGAGAAGGUUGAGGCCAAGCCAGAUGACAAGCUAGAACAAGACGAUCAGCCAGAGCCAUCGGAGCCUGUGUCUGAGGUUGUUGAAAAGGAACUGACCGAAGAUACCGAGCUGGUCGAGGCCAAGAAUAUCGAGACCGUAGUCGAGAAGGUUGAGGCCAAGUCAGAUGACAAGCCAGAACAAGACGAACAGCCAGAGCCAUCAGAGCCUGUGUCUGAGGUUGUUGAAAAGGAACUGACCGAAGAUACCGAGCUGGUCGAGGCAAAGGUUAUCGAGACCGUAGUCGAGAAGGUUGAGGCCAAGCCAGAUGACAAGCCAGAACAAGACGAACAGCCAGAGCCAUCGGAGCCUGUGUCUGAGGUUGUUGAAAAGGAACUGACCGAAGAUACCGAGCUGGUCGAGGCAAAGGUUAUCGAGACCGUAGUCGAGAAGGUUGAGGCCAAGGUUAUCGAGACCGUAGUCGAGAAGGUUGAGGCCAAGCCAGAUGACAAGCCAGAACAAGACGAACAGCCAGAGCCAUCGGAGCCUGUGUCUGAGGUUGUUGAAAAGGAACUGACCGAAGAUACCGAGCUGGUCGAGGCAAAGGUUAUCGAGACCGUAGUCGAGAAGGUUGAGGCCAAGGUUAUCGAGACCGUAGUCGAGAAGGUUGAGGCCAAGCCAGAUGACAAGCCAGAACAAGACGAACAGCCAGAGCCAUCGGAGCCUGUGUCUGAGGUUGUUGAAAAGGAACUGACCGAAGAUACCGAGCUGGUCGAGGCAAAGGAUAUCGAGACCGUAGUCGAGAAGGUUAAGGUCAAGCCAGAUGACAAGCCAGAACAAGACGAACAGCCAGAGCCAUCGGAGCCUGUGUCUGAGGUUGUUGAAAAGGAACUGACCGAAGAUACCGAGCUGGUCGAGGCAAAGGAUAUCGAGACCGUAGUCGAGAAGGUUAAGGUCAAGCCAGAUGACAAGCCAGAACAAGACGAACAGCCAGAGCCAUCGGAGCCUGUGUCUGAGGUUGUUGAAAAGGAACUGACCGAAGAUACCGAGCUGGUCGAGGCAAAGGAUAUCGAGACCGUAGUCGAGAAGGUUGAGGCCAAGCCAGAUGACAAGCCAGAACAAGACGAACAGCUAGAGCCAUCGGAGCCUGUGUCUGAGGUUGUUGAAAAGGAACUGACCGAAGAUACCGAGCUAGUCGAGGCAAAGGUUAUCGAGACCGUAGUCGAGAAGGUUGAGGCCAAGGUUAUCGAGACCGUAGUCGAGAAGGUUGAGGCCAAGCCAGAUGACAAGCCAGAACAAGACGAACAGCCAGAGCCAUCGGAGCCUGUGUCUGAGGUUGUUGAAAAGGAACUGACCGAAGAUACCGAGCUGGUCGAGGCAAAGGUUAUCGAGACCGUAGUCGAGAAGGUUGAGGCCAAGCCAGCUGACAAGCCAGAACAAGACGAACAGCCAGAGCCAACGGAGCCUGUGUCUGAGGUUGUUGAAAAGGAACUGACCGAAGAUACCGAGCUGGUCGAGGCAAAGGUUAUCGAGACCGUAGUCGAGAAGGUUGAGGCCAAGUUUAUCGAGACCGUAGUCGAGAAGGUUGAGGCUAAGCCAGAUGACAAGCCAGAACAAGACGAACAGCCAGAGCCAUCGGAGCCUGUGUCUGAGGUUGUUGAAAAGGAACUGACCGAAGAUACCGAGCUGGUCGAGGCAAAGGUUAUCGAGACCGUAGUCGAGAAGGUUGAGGCCAAGGUUAUCGAGACCGUAGUCGAGAAGGUUGAGGCCAAGCCAGAUGACAAGCCAGAACAAGACGAACAGCCAGAGCCAUCGGAGCCUGUGUCUGAGGUUGUUGAAAAGGAACUGACCGAAGAUACCGAGCUGGUCGAGGCAAAGGUUAUCGAGACCGUAGUCGAGAAGGUUGAGGCCAAGGUUAUCGAGACCGUAGUCGAGAAGGUUGAGGCCAAGCCAGAUGACAAGCCAGAACAAGACGAACAGCCAGAGCCAUCGGAGCCUGUGUCUGAGGUUGUUGAAAAGGAACUGACCGAAGAUACCGAGCUGGUCGAGGCAAAGGUUAUAGAGACCGUAGUCGAGAAGGUUGAGGCCAAGCCAGAUGACAAGCCAGAACAAGACGAACAGCCAGAGCCAUCGGAGCCUGUGUCUGAGGUUGAUGAAAAGGAACUGACCGAAGAUACCGAGCUGGUCGAGGCAAAGGUUAUCGAGACCGUAGUCGAGAAGGUUGAGGCCAAGGUUAUCGAGACCGUAGUCGAGAAGGUUGAGGCCAAGCCAGAUGACAAGCCAGAACAGCCAGAGCCAUCGGAGCCUGUGUCUGAGGUUGUUGAAAAGGAACUGACCGAAGAUACCGAGCUGGUCGAGGCCAAGGUUAUCGAGACCGUAGUCGAGAAGGUUGAGGUCAAGCCAGAUGACAAGCCAGAACAAGACGAACAGCCAGAGCCAUCGGAGCCUGUGUCUGAGGUUGUUGAAAAGGAACUGACCGAAGAUACCGAGCUGGUCGAGGCAAAGGUUAUCGAGACCGUAGUCGAGAAGGUUGAGGCCAAGGUUAUCGAGACCGUAGUCGAGAAGGUUGAGGCCAAGCCAGAUGACAAGCCAGAACAAGACGAACAGCCAGAGCCAUCGGAGCCUGUGUCUGAGGUUGUUGAAAAGGAACUGACCGAAGAUACCGAGCUGGUCGAGGCAAAGGUUAUCGAGACCGUAGUCGAGAAGGUUGAGGCCAAGGUUAUCGAGACCGUAGUCGAGAAGGUUGAGGCCAAGCCAGAUGACAAGCCAGAACAAGACGAACAGCCAGAGCCAUCGGAGCCUGUGUCUGAGGUUGUUGAAAAGGAACUGACCGAAGAUACCGAGCUGGUCGAGGCCAAGGUUAUCGAGACUGUAGUCGAGAAGGUUGAGGCCAAGCCAGAUGACAAGCCAGAACAAGACGAACAGCCAGAGCCAUCGGAGCCUGUGUCUGAGGUUGUUGAAAAGGAACUGACCGAAGAUACCGAGCUGGUCGAGGCCAAGGUUAUCGAGACCGUAGUCGAGAAGGUUGAGGCCAAGGUUAUCGAGACCGUAGUCGAGAAGGUUGAGGCCAAGCCAGAUGACAAGCCAGAACAAGACGAACAGCUAGAGCUAUCGGAGCCUGUGUCUGAGGUUGUUGAAAAGGAACUGACCGAAGAUACCGAGCUGGUCGAGGCAAAGGUUAUCGAGACCGUAGUCGAGAAGGUUGAGGCCAAGGUUAUCGAGACCGUAGUCGAGAAGGUUGAGGCCAAGCCAGAUGACAAGCCAGAACAAGACGAACAGCCAGAGCCAUCGGAGCCUGUGUCUGAGGUUGUUGAAAAGGAACUGACCGAAGAUACCGAGCUGGUCGAGGCAAAGGUUAUCGAGACCGUAGUCGAGAAGGUUGAGGCCAAGGUUAUCGAGACCGUAGUCGAGAAGGUUGAGGCCAAGCCAGAUGACAAGCCAGAACAAGACGAACAGCCAGAGCCAUCGGAGCCUGUGUCUGAGGUUGUUGAAAAGGAACUGACCGAAGAUACCGAGCUGGUCAAGGCAAAGGUUAUCGAGACCUUAGUCGAGAAGGUUGAGGCUAAGCCAGAUGACAAGCCAGAACAAGACGAACAGCUAGAGCUAUCGGAGCCUGUGUCUGAGGUUGUUGAAAAGGAACUGACCGAAGAUACCGAGCUGGUCGAGGCAAAGGUUAUCGAGACCGUAGUCGAGAAGGUUGAGGCCAAGGUUAUCGAGACCGUAGUCGAGAAGGUUGAGGCUAAGCCAGAUGACAAGCCAGAACAAGACGAACAGCCAGAGCCAUCGGAGCCUGUGUCUGAGGUUGUUGAAAAGGAACUGACCGAAGAUACCGAGCUGGUCAAGGCAAAGGUUAUCGAGACCGUAGUCGAGAAGGUUGAGCCCAAGCCAGAUGACAAGCCAGAACAAGACGAACAGCUAGAGCUAUCGGAGCCUGUGUCUGAGGUUGUUGAAAAGGAACUGACCGAAGAUACCGAGCUGGUCGAGGCAAAGGUUAUCGAGACCGUAGUCGAGAAGGUUGAGGCCAAGGUUAUCGAGACCGUAGUCGAGAAGGUUGAGGCUAAGCCAGAUGACAAGCCAGAACAAGACGAACAGCCAGAGCCAUCGGAGCCUGUGUCUGAGGUUGUUGAAAAGGAACUGACCGAAGAUACCGAGCUGGUCGAGGCAAAGGUUAUCGAGACCGUAGUCGAGAAGGUUGAGGCCAAGGUUAUCGAGACCGUAGUCGAGAAGGUUGAGGCCAAGCCAGAUGACAAGCCAGAACAAGACGAACAGCCAGAGCCAUCGGAGCCUGUGUCUGAGGUUGUUGAAAAGGAACUGACCGAAGAUACCGAGCUGGUCGAGGCAAAGGUUAUCGAGACCGUAGUCGAGAAGGUUGAGGCCAAGGUUAUCGAGACCGUAGUCGAGAAGGUUGAGGCCACGCCAGAUGACAAGCCAGAACAAGAUGAACAGCCAGAGCCAUCGGAGCCUGUGUCUGAGGUUGUUGAAAAGGAACUGACCAAAGAUACCGAGCGGGUCGAGGCAAAGGUUAUCGAGACCGUAGUCGAGAAGGUUGAGGCCAAGGUUAUCGAGACCGUAGUCGAGAAGGUUGAGGCUAAGCCAGAUGACAAGCCAGAACAAGACGAACAGCCAGAGCCAUCGGAGCCUGUGUCUGAGGUUGUUGAAAAGGAACUGACCGAAGAUACCGAGCUGGUCAAGGCAAAGGUUAUCGAGACCGUAGUCGAGAAGGUUGAGCCCAAGCCAGAUGACAAGCCAGAACAAGACGAACAGCCAGAGCCAUCGGAGCCUGUGUCUGAGGUUGUUGAAAAGGAACUGACCGAAGAUACCGAGCUGGUCGAGGCAAAGGUUAUCGAGACCGUAGUCGAGAAGGUUGAGGCCAAGGUUAUCGAGACUGUAGUCGAGAAGGUUGAGGCCAAGCCAGAUGACAAGCCAGAACAAGACGAACAGCCAGAGCCAUCGGAGCCUGUGUCUGAGGUUGAUGAAAAGGAACUGACCGAAGAUACCGAGCUGGUCGAGGCAAAGGUUAUCGAGACCGUAGUCGAGAAGGUUGAGGCCAAGGUUAUCGAGACCGUAGUCGAGAAGGUUGAGGCCAAGCCAGAUGACAAGCCAGAACAAGACGAACAGCCAGAGCCAUCGGAGCCUGUGUCUGAGGUUGUUGAAAAGGAACUGACCGAAGAUACCGAGCUGGUCGAGGCAAAGGUUAUCGAGACCGUAGUCGAGAAGGUUGAGGCCAAGGUUAUCGAGACCGUAGUCGAGAAGGUUGAGGUCAAGCCAGAUGACAAGCCAGAACAAGACGAACAGCCAGAGCCAUCGGAGCCUGUGUCUGAGGUUGUUGAAAAGGAACUGACCGAAGAUACCGAGCUGGUCGAGGCAAAGGUUAUCGAGACCGUAGUCGAGAAGGUUGAGGCCAAGCCAGAUGACAAGCCAGAACAAGACGAACAGCCAGAGCCAUCGGAGCCUGUGUCUGAGGUUGUUGAAAAGGAACUGACCGAAGAUACCGAGCUGGUCGAGGCAAAGGUUAUCGAGACCGUAGUCGAGAAGGUUAAGGCCAAGCCAGAUGACAAGCCAGAACAAGACGAACAGCCAGAGCCAUCGGAGCCUGUGUCUGAGGUUGUUGAAAAGGAACUGACCGAAGAUACCGAGCUGGUCGAGGCCAAGGUUAUCGAGACCGUAGUCGAGAAGGUUGAGGCCAAGGUUAUCGAGACCGUAGUCGAGAAGGUUGAGGCCAAGCCAGAUGACAAGCCAGAACAAGACGAACAGCCAGAGCCAUCGGAGCCUGUGUCUGAGGUUGUUGAAAAGGAACUGACCGAAGAUACCGAGCUGGUCGAGGCAAAGGUUAUCGAAACCGUAGUCGAGAAGGUUGAGGCCAAGCCAGAUGACAAGCCAGAACAAGACGAACAGCCAGAGCCAUCGGAGCCUGUGUCUGAGGUUGUUGAAAAGGAACUGACCGAAGAUACCGAGCUGGUCGAGGCAAAGGUUAUCGAGACCGUAGUCGAGAAGGUUGAGGCCAAGGUUAUCGAGACCGUAGUCGAGAAGGUUGAGGCCAAGGUUACCGAGACCGUAGUCGAGAAGAUUGAGGCUAAGCCAGAUGACAAGCCAGAACAAGACGAACAGCCAGAGCCAUCGGAGCCUGUGUCUGAGGUUGUUGAAAAGGAACUGACCGAAGAUACCGAGCUGGUCGAGGCAAAGGUUAUCGAGACCGUAGUCGAGAAGGUUGAGGUCAAGCCAGAUGACAAGCCAGAACAAGACGAACAGCCAGAGCCAUCGGAGCCUGUGUCUGAGGUUGUUGAAAAGGAACUGACCGAAGAUACCGAGCUGGUCGAGGUCAAGGUUAUCGAGACCGUAGUCGAGCUGGUUGAGGCAAAGCCAGAUGACAAGCCAGAACAAGACGAACAGCCAGAGCCAUCGAAGCCUGUGUCUGAGGUAGUUGAAAAGGAACUGACCGAAGAUACCGAGCUGGUCGAGGCCAAGGUUAUCGAGACCGUAGUCGAGAAGGUUGAGGCCAAGGUUAUCGAGACCGUAGUCGAGAAGGUUGAGGCCAAGCCAGAUGACAAGCCAGAACAAGACGAACAGUCAGAGCCAUCGGAGCCUGUGUCUGAGGUUGUUGAAAAGGAACUGACCGAAGAUACCGAGCUGGUCGAGGCAAAGGUUAUCGAGACCAUAGUCGAGAAGGUUGAGGUCAAGCCAGAUGACAAGCCAGAACAAGACGAACAGCCAGAGCCAUCGGAGCCUGUGUCUGAGGUUGUUGAAAAGGAACUGACCGAAGAUACCGAGCUGGUCGAGGCAAAGGUUUUCGAGACCGUAGUCGAGAAGGUUGAGGCCAAGGUUAUCGAGACCGUAGUCGAGAAGGUUGAGGCCAAGCCAGAUGACAAGCCAGAACAAGACGAACAGCCAGAGCCAUCGGAGCCUGUGUCUGAGGUUGUUGAAAAGGAACUGACCGAAGAUACCGAGCUGGUCGAGGCCAAGGUUACCGAGACCGUAGUCGAGAAGGUUGAGGCCAAGCCAGAUGACAAGCCAGAACAAGACGAACAGCCAGAGCCAUCGGAGCCUGUGUCUGAGGUUGUUGAAAAGGAACUGACCGAAGAUACCGAGCUGGUCAAGGCAAAGGUUAUCGAGACCUUAGUCGAGAAGGUUGAGGCCAAGCCAGAUGACAAGCCAGAACAAGACGAACAGCUAGAGCUAUCGGAGCCUGUGUCUGAGGUUGUUGAAAAGGAACUGACCGAAGAUACCGAGCUGGUCGAGGCAAAGGUUAUCGAGACCGUAGUCGAGAAGGUUGAGGCCAAGGUUAUCGAGACUGUAGUCGAGAAGGUUGAGGCCAAGCCAGAUGACAAGCCAGAACAAGACGAACAGCCAGAGCCAUCGGAGCCUGUGUCUGAGGUUGUUGAAAAGGAACUGACCGAAGAUACCGAGCUGGUCGAGGCAAAGGUUAUCGAGACCGUAGUCAAGAAGGUUGAGGCCAAGCCAGAUGACAAGCCAGAACAAGACGAACAGCCAGAGCCAUCGGAGCCUGUGUCUGAGGUUGAUGAAAAGGAACUGACCGAAGAUACCGAGCUGGUCGAGGCAAAGGUUAUCGAGACCGUAGUCGAGAAGGUUGAGGCCAAGCCAGAUGACAAGCCAGAACAAGACGAACAGCCAGAGCCAUCGGAGCCUGUGUCUGAGGUUGUUGAAAAGGAACUGACCGAAGAUACCGAGCUGGUCGAGGCAAAGGUUAUCGAGACCGUAGUCGAGAAGGUUGAGGCCAAGGUUAUCGAGACCGUAGUCGAGAAGGUUGAGGCCAAGCCAGAUGACAAGCCAGAACAAGACGAACAGCCAGAGCCAUCGGAGCCUGUGUCUGAGGUUGUUGAAAAGGAACUGACCGAAGAUACCGAGCUGGUCGAGGCAAAGGUUAUCGAGACCGUAGUCGAGAAGGUUGAGGCCAAGCCAGAUGACAAGCCAGAACAAGACGAACAGCCAGAGCCAUCGGAGCCUGUGUCUGAGGUUGUUGAAAAGGAACUGACCGAAGAUACCGAGCUGGUCGAGGCAAAGGUUAUCGAGACCGUAGUCGAGAAGGUUGAGGCCAAGGUUAUCGAGACCGUAGUCGAGAAGGUUGAGGCCAAGCCAGAUGACAAGCCAGAACAAGACGAACAGCCAGAGCCAUCGGAGCCUGUGUCUGAGGUUGAUGAAAAGGAACUGACCGAAGAUACCGAGCUGGUCGAGGCAAAGGUUAUCGAGACCGUAGUCGAGAAGGUUGAGGCCAAGAUUAUCGAGACCGUAGUCGAGAAGGUUGAGGCCAAGCCAGAUGACAAGCCAGAACAAGACGAACAGUCUGAGCCAUCGGAGCCUGUGUCUGAGGUUGAUGAAAAGGAACUGACCGAAGAUACCGAGCUGGUCGAGGCAAAGGUUAUCGAGACCGUAGUCAAGCUGGUUGAGGCCAAGUCAGAUGACAAGCCAGAACAAGACGAACAGCCAGAGCCAUCGGAGCGUGUGUCUGAGGUUGUUGAAAAGGAACUGACCGAAGAUACCGAGCUGGUCGAGGCAAAGGUUAUCGAGACCGUAGUCGAGAAGGUUGAGGCCAAGCCAGAUGACAAGCCAGAACAAGAUGAACAGCCAGAGUCAUCGGAGCCUGUGUCUGAGGUUGUUGAAAAGGAACUGACCGAAGAUACCGAGCUGGUCGAGGCAAAGGUUAUCGAGACCGUAGUCGAGAAGGUUGAGGCCAAGGUUAUCGAGACUGUAGUCGAGAAGGUUGAGGCCAAGCCAGAUGACAAGCCAGAACAAGACGAACAGCCAGAGCCAUCGGAGCCUGUGUCUGAGGUUGUUGAAAAGGAACUGACCGAAGAUACCGAGCUGGUCGAGGCAAAGGUUAUCGAGACCGUAGUCGAGAAGGUUGAGGCCAAGGUUAUCGAGACCGUAGUCGAGAAGGUUGAGGCCAAGCCAGAUGACAAGCCAGAACAAGACGAACAGCCAGAGCCAUCGGAGCCUGUGUCUGAGGUUGUUGAAAAGGAACUGACCGAAGAUACCGAGCUGGUCGAGGCAAAGGUUAUCGAGACCGUAGUCGAGAAGGUUGAGGCCAAGCCAGAUGACAAGCCAGAACAAGACGAACAGCCAGAGCCAUCGGAGCCUGUGUCUGAGGUUGUUGAAAAGGAACUGACCGAAGAUACCGAGCUGGUCGAGGCAAAGGUUAUCGAGACCGUAGUCGAGAAGGUUGAGGCCAAGGUUAUCGAGACCGUAGUCGAGAAGGUUGAGGCCAAGCCAGAUGACAAGCCAGAACAAGACGAACAGCCAGAGCCAUCGGAGCCUGUGUCUGAGGUUGAUGAAAAGGAACUGACCGAAGAUACCGAGCUGGUCGAGGCAAAGGUUAUCGAGACCGUAGUCGAGAAGGUUGAGGCCAAGGUUAUCGAGACCGUAGUCGAGAAGGUUGAGGCCAAGCCAGAUGACAAGCCAGAACAAGACGAACAGCCAGAGCCAUCGGAGCCUGUGUCUGAGGUUGUUGAAAAGGAACUGACCGAAGAUACCGAGCUGGUCGAGGCAAAGGUUAUCGAGACCGUAGUCCAGAAGGUUGAGGCCAAGGUUAUCGAGACCGUAGUCGAGAAGGUUGAGGCCAAGUCAGAUGACAAGCCAGAACAAGACGAACAGCCAGAGCCAUCGGAGCCUGUGUCUGAGGUAGUUGAAAAGGAACUGACCGAAGAUACCGAGCUUGUCGAGGCCAAGGUUAUCGAGACCGUAGUCGAGAAGGUUGAGCCCAAGGUUAUCGAGACCGUAGUCGAGAAGGUUGAGGCCAAGCCAGAUGACAAGCCAGAACAAGACGAACAGCCAGAGCCAUCGGAGCCUGUGUCUGAGGUUGAUGAAAAGGAACUGACCGAAGAUACCGAGCUGGUCGAGGCAAAGGUUAUCGAGACCGUAGUCGAGAAGGUUGAGGCCAAGGUUAUCGAGACCGUAGUCGAGAAGGUUGAGGCCAAGCCAGAUGACAAGCCAGAACAAGACGAACACCCAGAGCCAUCGGAGCCUGUGUCUGAGGUUGUUGAAAAGGAACUGACCGAAGAUACCGAGCUGGUCGAGGCCAAGGUUAUCGAGACCAUAGUCGAGAAGGUUGAGGUCAAGCCAGAUGACAAGCCAGAACAUGACGAACAGCCAGAGCCAUCGGAGCCUGUGUCUGAGGUUGUUGAAAAGGAACUGACCGAAGAUACCGAGCUGGUCGAGGCCAAGGUUAUCGAGACCGUAGUCGAGAAGGUUGAGGCCAAGCCAGAUGACAAGCCAGAACAAGACGAACAGCCAGAGCCAUCGGAGCCUGUGUCUGAGGUUGUUGAAAAGAAACUGACCGAAGAUACCAAGCUGGUCGAGGCAAAGGUUUUCGAGACCGUAGUCGAGAAGGUUGAGGCCAAGGUUAUCGAGACCGUAGUCGAGAAGGUUGAGGCCAAGCCAGAUGACAAGCCAGAACAAGACGAACACCCAGAGCCAUCGGAGCCUGUGUCUGAGGUUGUUGAAAAGGAACUGACCGAAGAUACCGAGCUGGUCGAGUCCAAGGUUAUCGAGACCGUAGUCGAGAAGGUUGAGGCCAAGCCAGAUGACAAGCCAGAACAAGACGAACAGUCAGAGCCAUCGGAGCCUGUGUCUGAGGUUGUUGAAAAGGAACUGACCGAAGAUACCGAGCUGGUCGAGGCAAAGGUUAUCGAGACCGUAGUCGAGAAGGUUGAGGCCAAGGUUAUCGAGACCGCAGUCGAGAAGGUUGAGGCCAAGCCAGAUGACAAGCCAGAACAAGACGAACAGUCAGAGCCAUCGGAGCCUGUGUCUGAGGUUGUUGAAAAGGAACUGACCGAAGAUACCGAGCUGGUCGAGUCCAAGGUUAUCGAGACCGUAGUCGAGAAGGUUGAGGCCAAGCCAGAUGACAAGCCAGAACAAGACGAACAGCCAGAGCCAUUGGAGCCUGUGUCUGAGGUUGUUGAAAAGAAACUGACCGAAGAUACCGAGCUGGUCGAGGCAAAGGUUUUCGAGACCGUAGUCGAGAAGGUUGAGGCAAAGGUUAUCGAGACCGUAGUCGAGAAGGUUGAGCCCAAGCCAGAACAAGACGAACAGCCAGAGCCAUCGGAGCCUGUGUCUGAGGUUGUUGAAAAGGAACUGACCGAAGAUACCGAGCUGGUCGAGGCAAAGGUUAUCGAGACCGUAGUCGAGAAGGUUGAGGCCAAGCCAGAUGACAAGCCAGAACAAGACGAACACCCAGAGCCAUCGGAGCCUGUGUCUGAGGUUGUUGAAAAGGAACUGACCGAAGAUACCGAGCUGGUCGAGGCAAAGGUUAUCGAGACCGUAGUCGAGAAGGUUGAGGCCAAGGUUAUCGAGACCGUAGUCGAGAAGGUUGAGGCCAAGCCAGAUGACAAGCCAGAACAAGACGAACACCCAGAGCCAUCGGAGCCUUUGUCUGAGGUUGUUGAAAAGGAACUGACCGAAGAUACCGAGCUGGUCGAGGCAAAGGUUAUCGAGACCGUAGUCGAGAAGGUUGAGGCCAAGCCAGAUGACAUGCCAGAACAAGACGAACAGCCAGAGCCAUCGGAGCCUGUGUCUGAGGUUGUUGAAAAGGAACUGACCGAAGAUACCGAGCUGGUCGAGGCAAAGGUUAUCGAGACCGUAGUCGAGAAGGUUGAGGCCAAGCCAGAUGACAAGCCAGAACAAGACGAACAGCUAGAGCUAUCGGAGCCUGUGUCUGAGGUUGUUGAAAAGGAACUGACCGAAGAUACCGAGCUGGUCGAGGCAAAGGUUAUCGAGACCGUAGUCGAGAAGGUUGAGGCCAAGCCAGAUGACAAGCCAGAACAAGACGAACAGCCAGAGCCAUCGGAGCCUGUGUCUGAGGUUGUUGAAAAGGAACUGACCGAAGAUACCGAGCUGGUCGAAGCCAAGGUUAUCGAGACCACAGUCGAGAAGGUUGAGGCCAAGCCAGAUGACAAGCCAGAACAAGACGAACAGCCAGAGCCAUCGGAGCCUGUGUCUGAGGCUGUUGAAAAGGAACUGACCGAAGAUACCGAGCUGGUCGAGGCAAAGGUUAUCGAGACCAUAGUCGAGAAGGUUGAGGCCAAGCCAGAUGACAAGCCAGAACAAGACGAACACCCAGAGCCAUCGGAGCCUGUGUCUGAGGUUGUUGAAAAGGAAGUGACCGAAGAUACCGAGCUGAUCGAGGCAAAGGUUAUCGAGACCGUAGUCGAGAAGGUUGAGGCCAAGCCAGAUGACAAGCCAGAACAAGACGAACACCCAGAGCCAUCGGAGCCUGUGUCUGAGGUUGUUGAAAAGGAACUGACCGAAGAUACCGAGCUGGUCGAGGCAAAGGUUAUCGAGACCGUAGUCGAGAAGGUUGAGGCCAAGCCAGAUGACAAGCCAGAACAAGACGAACAGCCAGAGCCAUCGGAGCCUGUGUCUGAGGUUGUUGAAAAAGAACUGACCGAAGAUACCGAGCUUGUAGAAGCAAAGGUUAUCGAGACCGUAGUCGAGAAGGUUGAGGCCAAGCCAGAUGACAAGCCAGAACAAGACAAACAGCCAGAGCCAUCGGAGCCUGUGUCUGAGGUAGUUGAAAAGGAACUGACCGAAGAUACCGAGCUGAUCGAGGCAAAGGUUAUCGAGACCGUAGUCGAGAAGGUUGAGGCCAAGCCAGAUGACAAGCCAGAACAAGACGAACAGCCAGAGCCAUCGGAGCCUGUGUCUGAGGUAGUUGAAAAGGAACUGACCGAAGAUACCGAGCUGGUCGAGGCAAAGGUUAUCGAGACCGUAGUCGAGAAGGUUGAGCCCAAGGUUAUCGAGAGCGUAGUCGAGAAGGUUGAGGCCAAGCCAGAUGACAAGCCAGAACAAGACGAACAGCCAGAGCCAUCGGAGUCUGUGUCUGAGGUUGUUGAAAAGGAACUGACCGAAGAUACCGAGCUGGUCGAGGCAAAGGUUAUCGAGACCGUAGUCGAGAAGGUUGAGGCCAAGCCAGAUGACAAGCCAGAACAAGACGAACAGCCAGAGCCAUCGGAGCCUGUGUCUGAGGUAGUUGAAAAGGAACUGACCGAAGAUACCGAGCUGGUCGAGGCAAAGGUUAUCGAGACUGUAGUCGAGAAGGUUGAGGCCAAGGUUAUCGAGACCGUAGUCGAGAAGGUUGAGGCCAAGCCAGAUGACAAGCCAGAACAAGACGAACAGCCAGAGCCAUCGGAGCCUGUGUCUGAGGUUGUUGAAAAGGAACUGACCGAAGAUACCGAGCUGGUCGAGGCAAAGGUUAUCGAGACCGUAGUCGAGAAGGUUGAGGCAAAGGUUAUCGAGACCGUAGUCGAGAAGAUUGAGGCUAAGCCAGAUGACAAGCCAGAACAAGACGAACAGCCAGAGCCAUCGGAGCCUGUGUCUGAGGUUGAUGAAAAGGAACUGACCGAAGAUACCGAGCUGGUCGAGGCAAAGGUUAUCGAGACCGUAGUCGAGAAGGUUGAGGCCAAGCCAGAUGACAAGCCAGAACAAGACGAACAGCCAGAGCCAUCGGAGCCUGUGUCUGAGGUUGUUGAUAAGGAACUGACUGAAGAUACCGAGCUGGUCGAGGCAAAGGUUAUCGAGACCGUAGUCGAGAAGGUUGAGGCCAAGCCAGAUGACAAGCCAGAACAUGACGAACAGCCAGAGCCAUCGGAGCCUGUGUCUGAGGUUGAUGAAAAGGAACUGACCGAAGAUACCGAGCUGGUCGAGGCAAAGGUUAUCGAGACCGUAGUCGAGAAGGUUGAGGCCAAGCCAGAUGACAAGCCAGAGCAAGACGAACAGCCAGAGCCAUCGGAGCCUGUGUCUGAGGUUGUUGAAAAGGAACUGACCGAAGAUACCGAGCUGGUCGAGGCAAAGGUUAUCGAGACCGUAGUCGAGAAGGUUGAGGCCAAGCCAGAUGACAAGCCAGAACAAGACGAACAGCCAGAGCCAUCGGAGCCUGUGUCUGAGGUUGUUGAAAAGGAACUGACCGAAGAUACCGAGCUGGUCGAAGCCAAGGUUAUCGAGACCGUAGUCGAGAAGGUUGAGGCCAAGCCAGAUGACAAGCCAGAACAAGACGAACAGCCAGAGCCAUCGGAGCCUGUGUCUGAGGCUGUUGAAAAGGAACUGACCGAAGAUACCGAGCUGGUCGAGGCAAAGGUUAUCGAGACCAUAGUCGAGAAGGUUGAGGCCAAGCCAGAUGACAAGCCAGAACAAGACGAACAGCCAGAGCCAUCGGAGCCUGUGUCUGAGGUUGUUGAAAAGGAAGUGACCGAAGAUACCGAGCUGAUCGAGGCAAAGGUUAUCGAGACCAUAGUCGAGAAGGUUGAGGCCAAGCCAGAUGACAAGCCAGAACAAGACGAACAGCCAGAGCCAUCGGAGCCUGUGUCUGAGGUUGUUGAAAAGGAACUGACCGAAGAUACCGAGCUGGUCGAGGCAAAGGUUAUCGAGACUGUAGUCGAGAAGGUUGAGGCCAAGCCAGAUGACAAGCCAGAACAAGACGAACAGCCAGAGCCAUCGGAGCCUGUGUCUGAGGUUGUUGAAAAGGAACUGACCGAAGAUACCGAGCUGGUCGAGGCAAAGGUUAUCGAGACCGUAGUCAAGAAGGUUGAGGCCAAGCCAGAUGACAAGCCAGAACAAGACGAACACCCAGAGCCAUCGGAGCCUGUGUCUGAGGUUGUUGAAAAAGAACUGACCGAAGAUACCGAGCUUGUAGAAGCAAAGGUUAUCGAGACCGUAGUCGAGAAGGUUGAGGCCAAGCCAGAUGACAAGCCAGAACAAGACGAACAGCCAGAGCCAUCGGAGCCUGUGUCUGAGGUUGUUGAAAAGGAACUGACCGAAGAUACCGAGCUGGUCGAGGCAAAGGUUAUCGAGACCGUAGUCGAGAAGGUUGAGGCAAAGGUUAUCGAGACCGUAGUCGAGAAGGUUGAGGCCAAGCCAGAUGACAAGCCAGAACAAGACGAACAGCCAGAGCCAUCGGAGCCUGUGUCUGAGGUUGUUGAAAAGGAACUGACCGAAGAUACCGAGCUGGUCGAGGCCAAGGUUAUCGAGACCGUAGUCGAGAAGGUUGAGGCCAAGCCAGAUGACAAGCCAGAACAAGACGAACACCCAGAGCCAUCGGAGCCUGUGUCUGAGGUUGUUGAAAAGGAACUGACCGAAGAUACCGAGCUGGUCGAGGCAAAGGUUAUCGAGACCGUAAUCGAGAAGGUUGAGGCCAAGGUUAUCGAGAUCGUAGUCGAGAAGGUUGAGGCUAAGCCAGAUGACAAGCCAGAACAAGACGAACAGCCAGAGCCAUCGGAGCCUGUGUCUGAGGUUGUUGAAAAGGAACUGACCGAAGAUACCGAGCUGGUCGAGGCCAAGGUUAUCGAGACCGUAGUCGAGAAGGUUGAGGCCAAGCCAGAUGACAAGCCAGAACAAGACGAACAGCCAGAGCCAUCGGAGCCUGUGUCUGAGGUUGUUGAAAAGGAACUGACCGAAGAUACCGAGCUGGUCGAGGCAAAGGUUAUCGAGACCGUAGUCGAGAAGGUUGAGGCCAAGGUUAUCGAGAUCGUAGUCGAGAAGGUUGAGGCCAAGCCAGAUGACAAGCCAGAACAAGACGAACAGCCAGAGCCAUCGGAGCCUGUGUCUGAGGUUGUUGAAAAGGAACUGACCGAAGAUACCGAGCUGAUCGAGGCAAAGGUUAUCGAGACCGUAGUCGAGAAGGUUGAGGCCAAGGUUAUCGAGACCGUAGUCGAGAAGGUUGAGGCCAAGCCAGAUGACAAGCCAGAACAAGACGAACAGCCAGAGCCAUCGGAGCCUGUGUCUGAGGUUGUUGAAAAGGAACUGACCGAAGAUACCGAGCUGGUCGAGGCAAAGGUUAUCGAGACCGUAGUCGAGAAGGUUGAGGCCAAGGUUAUCGAGACCGUAGUCGAGAAGGUUGAGGCCAAGCCAGAUGACAAGCCAGAACAAGACGAACAGCCAGAGCCAUCGGAGCCUGUGUCUGAGGUUGUUGAAAAGGAACUGACCGAAGAUACCGAGCUGGUCGAGGCAAAGGUUAUCGAGACCGUAGUCGAGAAGGUUGAGGCCAAGGUUAUCGAGAUCGUAGUCGAGAAGGUUGAGGCCAAGCCAGAUGACAAGCCAGAACAAGACGAACAGCCAGAGCCAUCGGAGCCUGUGUCUGAGGUUGUUGAAAAGGAACUGACCGAAGAUACCGAGCUGGUCGAGGCAAAGGUUAUCGAGACCGUAGUCGAGAAGGUUGAGGCCAAGGUUAUCGAGACCGUAGUCGAGAAGGUUGAGGCCAAACCAGAUGACAAGCCAGAACAAGACGAACAGCCAGAGCCAUCGGAGCCUGUGUCUGAGGUAGUUGAAAAGGAACUGACCGAAGAUACCGAGCUGGUCAAGGCAAAGGUUAUCGAGACUGUAGUCGAGAAGGUUGAGGCCAAGGUUAUCGAGACCGUAGUCGAGAAGGUUGAGGCCAAGCCAGAUGACAAGCCAGAACAAGACGAACAGCCAGAGCCAUCGGAGCCUGUGUCUGAGGUUGUUGAAAAGGAACUGACCGAAGAUACCGAGCUGGUCGAGGCAAAGGUUAUCGAGACCGUAGUCGAGAAGGUUGAGGUCAAGCCAGAUGACAAGCCAGAACAAGACGAACAGCCAGAGCCAUCGGAGCCUGUGUCUGAGGUUGUUGAAAAGGAACUGACCGAAGAUACCGAGCUGGUCGAAGCAAAGGUUAUCGAGACCGUAGUCGAGAAGGUUGAGGCAAAGGUUAUCGAGACCGUAGUCGAGAAGGUUGAGGCCAAGCCAGAGGACAAGCCAGAACAAGACGAACAGCCAGAGCCAUCGGAGCCUGUGUCUGAGGCUGUUGAAAAGGAACUGACCGAAGAUACCGAGCUGGUCGAGGCAAAGGUUAUCGAGACCGUAGUCGAGAAGGUUGAGGCAAAGGUUAUCGAGACCGUAGUCGAAAAGGUUGAGGCCAAGCCAGAUGACAAGCCAGAACAAGACGAACAGCCAGAGCCAUCGGAGCCUGUGUCUGAGGUUGUUGAAAAGGAACUGACCGAAGAUACCGAGCUGAUCGAGGCAAAGGUUAUCGAGACCGUAGUCGAGAAGGUUGAGGCUAAGCCAGAUGACAAGCCAGAACAAGACGAACAGCCAGAGCCAUCGGAGCCUGUGUCUGAGGUUGUUGAAAAGGAACUGACCGAAGAUACCGAGCUGGUCGAGGCAAAGGUUAUCGAGACCGUAGUCGAGAAGGUUGAGGCCAAGGUUAUCGAGAUCGUAGUCGAGAAGGUUGAGGCCAAGCCAGAUGACAAGCCAGAACAAGACGAACAGCCAGAGCCAUCGGAGCCUGUGUCUGAGGUUGUUGAAAAGGAACUGACCGAAGAUACCGAGCUGGUCGAGGCAAAGGUUAUCGAGACCGUAGUCGAGAAGGUUGAGGCCAAGCCAGAUGACAAGCCAGAACAAGACGAACAGCCAGAGCCAUCGGAGCCUGUGUCUGAGGUUGUUGAAAAGGAACUGACCGAAGAUACCGAGCUGGUCGAGGCCAAGGGUAUCGAGACCGUAGUCAAGAAGGUUGAGGCCAAGGUUAUCGAGACCGUAGUCGAGAAGGUUGAGGCCAAGUCAGAUGACAAGCCAGAACAAGACGAACAGCCAGAGCCAUCGGAGCCUGUGUCUGAGGUUGUUGAAAAGGAACUGACCGAAGAUACCGAGCUGAUCGAGGCAAAGGUUAUCGAGACCGUAGUCGAGAAGGUUGAGGCCAAGGUUAUCGAGACCGUAGUCGAGAAGGUUGAGGCCAAGCCAGAUGACAAGCCAGAACAAGACGAACAGCCAGAGCCAUCGGAGCCUGUGUCUGAGGUUGUUGAAAAGGAACUGACCGAAGAUACCGAGCUGGUCGAGGCAAAGGUUAUCGAGACCGUAGUCGAGAAGGUUGAGGUCAAGCCAGAUGACAAGCCAGAACAAGACGAACAGCCAGAGCCAUCGGAGCCUGUGUCUGAGGUAGUUGAAAAGGAACUGACCGAAGAUACCGAGUUGGUCGAGGCAAAGGUUAUCGAGACCGUAGUCGAGAAGGUUGAGGACAAGGUUAUCGAGAGCGUAGUAGAGAAGGUUGAGGCCAAGCCAGAUGACAAGCCAGAACAAGACGAACAGCCAGAGCCAUCGGAGUCUGUGUCUGAGGUUGUUGAAAAGGAACUGACCGAAGAUACCGAGCUGGUCGAGGCAAAGGUUAUCGAGACCGUAGUCGAGAAGGUUGAGGCCAAGCCAGAUGACAAGCCAGAACAAGACGAACAGCCAGAGCCAUCGGAGCCUGUGUCUGAGGUAGUUGAAAAGGAACUGACCGAAGAUACCGAGCUGGUCGAGGCAAAGGUUAUCGAGACUGUAGUCGAGAAGGUUGAGGCCAAGGUUAUCGAGACCGUAGUCGAGAAGGUUGAGGCCAAGCCAGAUGACAAGCCAGAACAAGACGAACAGCCAGAGCCAUCGGAGCCUGUGUCUGAGGUUGUUGAAAAGGAACUGACCGAAGAUACCGAGCUGGUCGAGGCAAAGGUUAUCGAGACCGUAGUCGAGAAGGUUGAGGCAAAGGUUAUCGAGACCGUAGUCGAGAAGGUUGAGGCUAAGCCAGAUGACAAGCCAGAACAAGACGAACAGCCAGAGCCAUCGGAGCCUGUGUCUGAGGUUGAUGAAAAGGAACUGACCGAAGAUACCGAGCUGGUCGAGGCAAAGGUUAUCGAGACCGUAGUCGAGAAGGUUGAGGCCAAGCCAGAUGACAAGCCAGAACAAGACGAACAGCCAGAGCCAUCGGAGCCUGUGUCUGAGGUUGUUGAUAAGGAACUGACUGAAGAUACCGAGCUGGUCGAGGCAAAGGUUAUCGAGACCGUAGUCGAGAAGGUUGAGGCAAAGGUUAUCGAGACCGUAGUCGAGAAGGUUGAGGCCAAGCCAGAUGACAAGCCAGAACAAGACGAACAGCCAGAGCCAUCGGAGCCUGUGUCUGAGGUUGUUGAAAAGGAACUGACCGAAGAUACCGAGCUGGUCGAGGCAAAGGUUAUCGAGACCGUAGUCGAAAAGGUUGAGGCCAAACCAGAAGACAAGCCAGAACAAGACGAACAGCCAGAGCCAACGGAGCCUGUGUCUGAGGUUGUUGAAAAGGAACUGACCGAAGAUACCGAGCUGGUCGAGGCAAAGGUUAUCGAGACCGUAGUCGAGAAGGUUGAGGCCAAGCCAGAAGACAAGCCAGAACAAGACGAACAGCCAGAGCCAUCGGAGCCUGUGUAUGAGGUUGUUGAAAAGGAACUGACCGAAGAUACCGAGCUGGUCGAGGCAAAGGUUAUCGAGACCGUAGUCGAGAAGGUUGAGGCCAAGGUUAUCGAGACCGUAGUCGAGAAGGUUGAGGCCAAGCCAGAUGACAAGCCAGAACAAGACGAACAGCCAGAGCCAUCGGAGCCUGUGUCUGAGGUUGUUGAAAAGGAACUGACCGAAGAUACCGAGCUGGUCGAGGCAAAGGUUAUCGAGACCGUAGUCGAGAAUGUUGAGGCCAAGCCAGAUGACAAGCCAGAACAAGACGAACAGCCAGAGCCAUCGGAGCCUGUGUCUGGGGUUGUUGAAAAGGAACUGACCGAAGAUACCGAGCUGGUCGAGGCAAAGGUUAUCGAGACCGUAGUCGAGAAGGUUGAGGCCAAGGUUAUCGAGACCGUAGUAGAGAAGGUUGAGGCUAAGCCAGAUGACAAGCCAGAACAAGACGAACAGCCAGAGCCAUCGGAGCCUGUGUCUGAGGUUGUUGAAAAGGAACUGACCGAAGAUACCGAGCUGAUCGAGGCAAAGGUUAUCGAGACCGUAGUCGAGAAGGUUGAGGCCAAGGUUAUCGAGACCGUAGUCGAGAAGGUUGAGGCCAAGCCAGAUGACAAGCCAGAACAAGACGAACAGCCAGAGCCAUCGGAGCCUGUGUCUGAGGUUGUUGAAAAGGAACUGACCGAAGAUACCGAGCUGGUCGAGGCAAAGGUUAUCGAGACCGUAGUCGAGAAGGUUGAGGCCAAGCCAGAUGACAAGCCAGAACAAGACGAACAGCCAGAGCCAUCGGAGCCUGUGUCUGAGGUUGUUGAAAAGGAACUGACCGAAGAUACCGAGCUGGUCGAGGCAAAGGUUAUCGAGACUGUAGUCGAGAAGGUUGAGGCCAAGGUUAUCGAGACCGUAGUCGAGAAGGUUGAGGCCAAGCCAGAUGACAAGCCAGAACAAGACGAACAGCCAGAGCCAUCGGAGUCUGUGUCUGAGGUUGUUGAAAAGGAACUGACCGAAGAUACCGAGCUGGUCGAGGCAAAGGUUAUCGAGACCGUAGUCGAGAAGGUUGAGGCCAAGCCAGAUGACAAGCCAGAACAAGACGAACAGCCAGAGCCAUCGGAGCCUGUGUCUGAGGUAGUUGAAAAGGAACUGACCGAAGAUACCGAGCUGGUCGAGGCAAAGGUUAUCGAGACUGAUGUCGAGAAGGUUGAGGCCAAGGUUAUCGAGACCGUAGUCGAGAAGGUUGAGGCCAAGCCAGAUGACAAGCCAGAACAAGACGAACAGCCAGAGCCAUCGGAGCCUGUGUCUGAGGUUGUUGAAAAGGAACUGACCGAAGAUACCGAGCUGGUCGAGGCAAAGGUUAUCGAGACCGUAGUCGAGAAGGUUGAGGCAAAGGUUAUCGAGACCGUAGUCGAGAAGAUUGAGGCUAAGCCAGAUGACAAGCCAGAACAAGACGAACAGCCAGAGCCAUCGGAGCCUGUGUCUGAGGUUGAUGAAAAGGAACUGACCGAAGAUACCGAGCUGGUCGAGGCAAAGGUUAUCGAGACCGUAGUCGAGAAGGUUGAGGCCAAGCCAGAUGACAAGCCAGAGCAAGACGAACAGCCAGAGCCAUCGGAGCCUGUGUCUGAGGUUGUUGAAAAGGAACUGAUUGAAGAUACCGAGCUGGUCGAGGCAAAGGUUAUCGAGACCGUAGUCGAGAAGGUUGAGGCCAAGGUUAUCGAGACCGUAGUCGAGAAGGUUGUGGCCAAGCCAGAUGACAAGCCAGAACAAGACGAACAGCCAGAGCCAUCGGAGCCUGUGUCUGAGGUUGUUGAAAAGGAACUGACCGAAGAUACCGAGCUGGUCGAGGCAAAGGUUAUCGAGACCGUAGUCGAAAAGGUUGAAGCCAAACCAGAAGACAAGCCAGAACAAGACGAACAGCCAGAGCCAUCGGAGCCUGUGUCUGAGGUUGUUGAAAAGGAACUGACCGAAGAUACCGAGCUGGUCGAGGCCAAGGUUAUCGAGACCGUAGUCGAGAAGGUUGAGGCCAAGCCAGAUGACAAGCCAGAACAAGACGAACAGCCAGAGCCAUCGGAGCCUGUGUCUGAGGUAGUUGAAAAGGAACUGACCGAAGAUACCGAGCUGGUCGAGGCAAAGGUUAUCGAGACCGUAGUCGAGAAGGUUGAUGCCAAGGUUAUCGAGACCGUAGUAGAGAAGGUUGAGGCUAAGCCAGAUGACAAGCCAGAACAAGACGAACAGCCAGAGCCAUCGGAGCCUGUGUCUGAGGUUGUUGAAAAGGAACUGACCGAAGAUACCGAGCUGGUCGAGGCAAAGGUUAUCGAGACUGUAGUCGAGAAGGUUGAGGCCAAGGUUAUCGAGACCGUAGUCGAGAAGGUUGAGGCCAAGCCAGAUGACAAGCCAGAACAUGACGAACAGCCAGAGCCAUCGGAGCCUGUGUCUGAGGUAGUUGAAAAGGAACUGACCGAAGAUACCGAGCUGGUCGAGGCAAAGGUUAUCGAGACUGUAGUCGAGAAGGUUGAGGCCAAGGUUAUCGAGACCGUAGUCGAGAAGGUUGAGGCCAAGCCAGAUGACAAGCCAGAACAAGACGAACAGCCAGAGCCAUCGGAGCCUGUGUCUGAGGUUGUUGAAAAGGAACUGACCGAAGAUACCGAGCUGGUCGAGGCAAAGGUUAUCGAGACCGUAGUCGAGAAGGUUGAGGCCAAGCCAGAUGACAAGCCAGAACAAGACGAACAGCCAGAGCCAUCGGAGCCUGUGUCUGAGGUUGUUGAAAAGGAACUGACCGAAGAUACCGAGCUGGUCGAGGCAAAGGUUAUCGAGACCGUAGUCGAGAAGGUUGAGGCCAAGCCAGAUGACAAGCCAGAACAAGACGAACAGCCAGAGCCAUCGGAGCCUGUGUCUGAGGUUGUUGAAAAGGAACUGACCGAAGAUACCGAGCUGGUCGAGGCAAAGGUUAUCGAGACCGUAGUCGAGAAGGUUGAGGCCAAGCCAGAUGACAAGCCAGAACAAGACGAACAGCCAGAGCCAUCGGAGCCUGUGUCUGAGGUUGUUGAAAAGGAACUGACCGAAGAUACCGAGCUGGUCGAGGCAAAGGUUAUCGAGACCGUAGUCGAGAAGGUUGAGGCCAAGCCAGAUGACAAGCCAGAACAAGACGAACAGCCAGAGCCAUCGGAGCCUGUGUCUGAGGUUGUUGAAAAGGAACUGACCGAAGAUACCGAGCUGGUCGAGGCAAAGGUUAUCGAGACCGUAGUCGAGAAGGUUGAGGCAAAGGUUAUCGAGACCGUAGUCGAGAAGAUUGAGGCUAAGCCAGAUGACAAGCCAGAACAAGACGAACAGCCAGAGCCAUCGGAGCCUGUGUCUGAGGUUGAUGAAAAGGAACUGACCGAAGAUACCGAGCUGGUCGAGGCAAAGGUUAUCGAGACCGUAGUCGAGAAGGUUGAGGCCAAGCCAGAUGACAAGCCAGAACAAGACGAACAGCCAGAGCCAUCGGAGCCUGUGUCUGAGGUUGUUGAAAAGGAACUGACUGAAGAUACCGAGCUGGUCGAGGCAAAGGUUAUCGAGACCGUAGUCGAGAAGGUUGAGGCAAAGGUUAUCGAGACCGUAGUCGAGAAGGUUGUGGCCAAGCCAGAUGACAAGCCAGAACAUGACGAACAGCCAGAGCCAUCGGAGCCUGUGUCUGAGGUUGUUGAAAAGGAACUGACCGAAGAUACCGAGCUGGUCGAGGCAAAGGUUAUCGAGACCGUAGUCGAGAAGGUUGAGGCCAAGCCAGAUGACAAGCCAGAACAAGACGAACAGCCAGAGCCAUCGGAGCCUGUGUCUGAGGUUGUUGAAAAGGAACUGACCGAAGAUACCGAGCUGGUCGAGGCAAAGGUUAUCGAGACCGUAGUCGAGAAGGUUGAGGCCAAGCCAGAUGACAAGCCAGAACAAGACGAACAGCCAGAGCCAUCGGAGCCUGUGUCUGAGGUUGUUGAAAAGGAACUGACCGAAGAUACCGAGCUGAUCGAGGCAAAGGUUAUCGAGACCGUAGUCGAGAAGGUUGAGGCCAAGGUUAUCGAGACCGUAGUCGAGAAGGUUGAGGCCAAGCCAGAUGACAAGCCAGAACAAGACGAACAGCCAGAGCCAUCGGAGCCUGUGUCUGAGGUUGUUGAAAAGGAACUGACCGAAGAUACCGAGCUGAUCGAGGCAAAGGUUAUCGAGACCGUAGUCGAGAAGGUUGAGGCCAAGGUUAUCGAGACCGUAGUCGAGAAGGUUGAGGCCAAGCCAGAUGACAAGCCAGAACAAGACGAACAGCCAGAGCCAUCGGAGCCUGUGUCUGAGGUUGUUGAAAAGGAACUGACCGAAGAUACCGAGCUGGUCGAGGCAAAGGUUAUCGAGACCGUAGUCGAGAAGGUUGAGGCCAAGCCAGAUGACAAGCCAGAACAAGACGAACAGCCAGAGCCAUCGGAGCCUGUGUCUGAGGUUGUUGAAAAGGAACUGACCGAAGAUACCGAGCUGGUCGAGGCCAAGGUUAUCGAGACCGUAGUCGAGAAGGUUGAGGCCAAGCCAGAUGACAAGCCAGAACAAGACGAACAGCCAGAGCCAUCGGAGCCUGUGUCUGAGGUAGUUGAAAAGGAACUGACCGAAGAUACCGAGCUGGUCGAGGCAAAGGUUAUCGAGACCGUAGUCGAGAAGGUUGAGGCCAAGGUUAUCGAGACCGUAGUAGAGAAGGUUGAGGCUAAGCCAGAUGACAAGCCAGAACAAGACGAACAGCCAGAGCCAUCGGAGCCUGUGUCUGAGGUUGUUGAAAAGGAACUGACCGAAGAUACCGAGCUGGUCGAGGCAAAGGUUAUCGAGACUGUAGUCGAGAAGGUUGAGGCCAAGGUUAUCGAGACCGUAGUCGAGAAGGUUGAGGCCAAGCCAGAUGACAAGCCAGAACAAGACGAACAGCCAGAGCCAUCGGAGCAUGUGUCUGAGGUUGUUGAAAAGGAACUGACCGAAGAUACCGAGCUGGUCGAGGCAAAGGUUAUCGAGACCGUAGUCGAGAAGGUUGAGGCCAAGCCAGAUGACAAGCCAGAACAAGACGAACAGCCAGAGCCAUCGGAGCCUGUGUCUGAGGUUGUUGAAAAGGAACUGACCGAAGAUACCGAGCUGGUCGAGGCAAAGGUUAUCGAGACCGUAGUCGAGAAGGUUGAGGCCAAGCCAGAUGACAAGCCAGAACAAGACGAACAGCCAGAGCCAUCGGAGCCUGUGUCUGAGGUUGUUGAAAAGGAACUGACCGAAGAUACCGAGCUGGUCGAGGCAAAGGUUAUCGAGACCGUAGUCGAGAAGGUUGAGGCCAAGGUUAUCGAGACCGUAGUAGAGAAGGUUGAGGCUAAGCCAGUUGACAAGCCAGAACAAGACGAACAGCCAGAGCCAUCGGAGCCUGUGUCUGAGGUUGUUGAAAAGGAACUGACCGAAGAUACCGAGCUGGUCGAGGCAAAGGUUAUCGAGACUGUAGUCGAGAAGGUUGAGGCCAAGGUUAUCGAGACCGUAGUCGAGAAGGUUGAGGCCAAGCCAGAUGACAAGCCAGAACAUGACGAACACCCAGAGCCAUCGGAGCCUGUGUCUGAGGUUGUUGAAAAGGAACUGACCGAAGAUACCGAGCUGGUCGAGGCAAAGGUUAUCGAGACCGUAGUCGAGAAGGUUGAGGCCAAGGUUAUCGAGACCGUAGUCGAGAAGGUUGAGGCCAAGCCAGAUGACAAGCCAGAACAAGACGAACAGCCAGAGCCAUCGGAGCCUGUGUCUGAGGUUGUUGAAAAGGAACUGACCGAAGAUACCGAGCUGGUCGAGGCAAAGGUUAUCGAGACCGUAGUCGAGAAGGUUGAGGCCAAGCCAGAUGACAAGCCAGAGCAAGACGAACAGCCAGAGCCAUCGGAGCCUGUGUCUGAGGUUGUUGAAAAGGAACUGACCGAAGAUACCGAGCUGGUCGAGGCAAAGGUUAUCGAGACCGUAGUCGAGAAGGUUGAGGCCAAGCCAGAUGACAAGCCAGAACAAGACGAACAGCCAGAGCCAUCGGAGCCUGUGUCUGAGGUUGUUGAAAAGGAACUGACCGAAGAUACCGAGCUGGUCGAGGCAAAGGUUAUCGAGACCGUAGUCGAGAAGGUUGAGGCCAAGGUUAUCGAGACCGUAGUCGAGAAGGUUGAGGUCAAGCCAGAUGACAAGCCAGAACAAGACGAACAGCCAGAGCCAUCGGAGCCUGUGUCUGAGGUUGUUGAAAAGGAACUGACCGAAGAUACCGAGCUGGUCGAGGCAAAGGUUAUCGAGACUGUAGUCGAGAAGGUUGAGGCCAAGGUUAUCGAGACCGUAGUCGAGAAGGUUGUGGCCAAGCCAGAUGACAAGCCAGAACAAGACGCACAGCCAGAGCCAUCGGAGCCUGUGUCUGAGGUUGUUGAAAAGGAACUGAUCGAAGAUACCGAGCUGGUCGAGGCAAAGGUUAUCGAGACUGUAGUCGAGAAGGUUGAGGCCAAGGUUAUCGAGACCGUAGUCGAGAAGGUUGAGGCCAAGCCAGAUGACAAGCCAGAACAAGACGAACAGCCAGAGCCAUCGGAGCCUGUGUCUGAGGUUGUUGAAAAGGAACUGACCGAAGAUACCGAGCUGGUCGAGGCAAAGGUUAUCGAGACCGUAGUCGAGAAGGUUGAGGCCAAGGUUAUCGAGACCGUAGUCGAGAAGGUUGAGGCCAAGCCAGAUGACAAGCCAGAACAAGACGAACAGCCAGAGCCAUCGGAGCCUGUGUCUGAGGUUGUUGAAAAGGAACUGACCGAAGAUACCGAGCUGGUCGGGGCAAAGGUUAUCGAGACCGUAGUCGAGAAGGUUGAGGCCAAGGUUAUCGAGACCGUAGUCGAGAAGGUUGAGGCCAAGCCAGAUGACAAGCCAGAACAAGACGAACAGCCAGAGCCAUCGGAGCCUGUGUCUGAGGUUGUUGAAAAGGAACUGACCGAAGAUACCGAGCUGGUCGAGGCAAAGGUUAUCGAGACUGUAGUCGAGAAGGUUGAGGCCAAGGUUAUCGAGACCGUAGUCGAGAAGGUUGUGGCCAAGCCAGAUGACAAGCCAGAACAAGACGCACAGCCAGAGCCAUCGGAGCAUGUGUCUGAGGUUGUUGAAAAGGAACUGAUCGAAGAUACCGAGCUGGUCGAGGCAAAGGUUAUCGAGACUGUAGUCGAGAAGGUUGAGGCCAAGGUUAUCGAGACCGUAGUCGAGAAGGUUGAGGCCAAGCCAGAUGACAAGCCAGAACAAGACGAACAGCCAGAGCCAUCGGAGCCUGUGUCUGAGGUUGUUGAAAAGGAACUGACCGAAGAUACCGAGCUGGUCGAGGCAAAGGUUAUCGAGACCGUAGUCGAGAAGGUUGAGGCAAAGGUUAUCGAGACCGUAGUCGAGAAGGUUGAGGCCAAGCCAGAUGACAAGCCAGAACAAGACGAACAGCCAGAGCCAUCGGAGCCUGUGUCUGAGGUUGUUGAAAAGGAACUGACCGAAGAUACCGAGCUGGUCGAGGCAAAGGUUAUCGAGACCGUAGUCGAGAAGGUUGAGGCCAAGCCAGAUGACAAGCCAGAACAAGACGAACAGCCAGAGCCAUCGGAGCCUGUGUCUGAGGUUGUUGAAAAGAAACUGACCGAAGAUACCGAGCUGGUCGAGGCAAAGGUUAUCGAGACCGUAGUCGAGAAGGUUGAGGCCAAGCCAGAUGACAAGCCAGAACAAGACGAACAGCCAGAGCCAUCGGAGCCUGUGUCUGAGGUUGUUGAAAAGGAACUGACCGAAGAUACCGAGCUGGUCGAGGCAAAGGUUAUCGAGACCGUAGUCGAGAAGGUUGAGGCCAAGGUUAUCGAGACCGUAGUCGAGAAGGUUGAGGCCAAGCCAGAUGACAAGCCAGAACAAGACGAACAGCCUGAGCCAUCGGAGCCUGUGUCUGAGGUUGUUGAAAAGGAACUGACCGAAGAUACCGAGCUGGUCGAGGCAAAGGUUAUCGAGACCGUAGUCGAGAAGGUUGAGGCCAAGCCAGAUGACAAGCCAGAACAAGACGAACAGCCAGAGCCAUCGGAGCCUGUGUCUGAGGUUGUUGAAAAGGAACUGACCGAAGAUACCGAACUGGUCGAGGCAAAGGUUAUCGAGACCGUAGUCGAGAAGGUUGAUGCAAAGGUUAUCGAGACCGUAGUCGAGAAGGUUGAGGCCAAGGUUAUCGAGACCGUAGUCGAGAAGGUUGAGGCAAAGGUUAUCGAGACCGUAGUCGAGAAGGUUGAGGCCAAGCCAGAUGACAAUGCAGAACAAGACGAACAGCCAGAGCCAUCGGAGCCUGUGUCUGAGGUUGUUGAAAAGGAACUGACCGAUGAUACCGAGCUGGUCGAGGCAAAGGUUAUCGAGACCGUAGUCGAAAAGGUUGAGGCAAAGGUUAUCGAGACCGUAGUCGAGAAGGUUGAGGCCAAGCCAGAUGACAAGCCAGAACAAGACGAACAGCCAGAGCCAUCGGAGCCUGUGUCUGAGGUUGUUGAAAAGGAACUGACCGAAGAUACCGAGCUGGUCGAGGCAAAGGUUAUCGAGACCGUAGUCGAGAAGGUUGAGGUCAAGGUUAUCGAGGCCGUAGUCGAGAAGGUUGAGGCCAAGCCAGAUGACAAGCCAGAACAAGACGAACAGCCAGAGCCAUCGGAGCCUGUGUCUGAGGUUGUUGAAAAGGAACUGACCGAAGAUACCGAGCUGGUCGAGGCAAAGGUUAUCGAGACCGUAGUCGAGAAGGUUGAGGCCAAGGUUAUCGAGACCGUAGUCGAGAAGGUUGAGGCCAAGCCAGAUGACAAGCCAGAACAAGACGAACAGCCAGAGCCAUCAGAGCCUGUGUCUGAGGUUGUUGAAAAGGAACUGACCGAAGAUACCGAGCUGGUCGAGGCAAAGGUUAUCGAGACUGUAGUCGAGAAGGUUGAGGCCAAGGUUAUCGAGACCGUAGUCGAGAAGGUUGAGGCCAAGGUUAUCGAGACCGUAGUCGAGAAGGUUGAGGCCAAGCCAGAUGACAAGCCAGAACAAGACGAACAGCCAGAGCCAUCAGAGCCUGUGUCUGAGGUUGUUGAAAAGGAAGAAAAGACAGGUGACAAGCGAAAACAAGACCUGCACUCGAAGUUCCUACCUGAAGUUGUUGAAGAUAUAUCAUCUGACAAGGAUUCUUCUGUCGUUGGUGAUAGAGGCAUAUUUUCAUAUUUACUAAGUCCCGAUAGGCAUGAAAUUUCCGAUGGUUCUGGAUCGUCCGAAAAGGGCGAUGAUAAGUUUUUACUUCGUCGGGAUGAAUUAAGCGUGUUUGAUACCAGGAAAAGUUCCCUCUCUGCAGUCGAAGUUUCCACUUUAGACGAUGACUCACCUUUACUGACAGAUUUUACAACUUCCUCUAUUACGUACGUAAGCGAUAGGAUUGAUUCUUCUUCGUUAGAUUUGAUGGUUGGUGAACAAUCAAUGAACUUUUUGAAAAUUGGUAGUAGCAUGGCACCACCUGACGAAAAACGGCAUGAUAUUCAAUCUCCUGGAUCGUGCAUGUCCUUUACGACCACUACCAGUGAAAACAUCGAGUCAAUUUCUCAUGACGUCGAAAGCCGUAGCAACUUCGGUGGUACUCUGCAACCUGACAUACCCACGGAGUAUGAGCGAUCCGUUUCGCUCAGUGAUAAUGCGGCAUCUGAUUACUCGAACGAGUCGGCUACCAAAUACAACUUGCCUUACGAUACCGAAUCCGACGGCCAUGAUGCUGGCGCACACAAGGCCAGACUACGGGGAAUCAAAUCUCAGGAAGGCAUCGCCGAGCCGAAACAAGUCAAAUCAGCAAAGCUCAUUGCCGUUGACCAGCGUCACGGUUCAGCCUCACCACAAAGUGAUAUUACUGAAUAUACCGAAAGUGUAUCGUAUGUCGAUUCAAUUAUAGACAGUACAAACUACGAAAGCGCCUUAAAGCAGAAAGAAACAAAGCAAGAAUUGCGAAGCAAGGAGACAUCGAAAGACAGCUGCGAGGCGGACGUGAAACCCAGUACGGUGGCAGCUGAUCGCGAGACAAAAGCAUCAAAACUUGACACGACAGCAAAACCUUCCAGUGAAUCGGUAGAAUCUGCUCAUCCAAAAAGGCGAUCCAAAUCGAAGACUACUGUUACGAAAGUAAAUUUACAUAAGCAAGCGCCGAUCGACAUUUCGAAGCGUUCCACUAAAACCGUUGACAUUCGUAUGGGCGCAGCCGAGUCUACCGUAACAGUGAGCAAAUCGGCGACAACAUCCAGUCGCAUCUCGACGACAGCGACGCGAACGCACGGUUACAUGCAGUCGACACUGUCUCGCGAUCAGAAGGUCCUACGACCAUUGACUUUAACCGAUUCGCCCCAUUCUUCGCCCUCGAAAACUUCGCACCGCGCUGGCACUGCUUCGAUCACUUCGACACACACGACUUAUUCUCCGGCACAUUCUACAGAACGGAAGGCCACUAAACCUUCUAAGCCAGGUAGUGCCGCUACACCCGGUGUGCCCGAAGGUGCGACUGGCAGCACCAAGCACGGUGUUUCGAGUACAGGUGCGCGCAAAAUCGAGGUUAAAGAAAGCAAAUUUACGACGAAAUCGGCCACUGGUCGAUCGUCGUCAACUGUCGUCACGACAUCCAGCACUGUAUCCACCUCUAGCACGUCCAGCCAGAGCAGAUUGUCGCGUUCCUCAGUCACUAGCUCAGCCAGAAAAGCCUCCACUAAAUCGGACUUCAAAGAGCAGCCCGUGGUGAAGAAGGCGGACAAAGAGCAGGCAAAUCUGGUCACGAAAUCCACCCUGCCGGCUGCCGUUAAGACAAGCAAGGAUCGGGUUAACAAAAGCCUGAUACCCGUAAAGGUGCAGUCGAGCAAGCGGGAUGCAACUCCUUCGCCGACUAAAACCGCCAGCAAGUCCAAACCGAAGUCGGCCCCGGGCCCAAAGCCCAAAGGCGAGCUGCGAAUGUCCAAACCGAUAGCCGGCUCCGAAAGGACGGCUACGAAAAAGGAACACUCUGUCCAGCUGAUCACGAAAUCCAUCCCGAAGGUGACCAGCACGGUACACCGUAAGGAAAGCGCGAAACAAAUCAUCGACGACGUGUAUCGGUGCAAGUCCGCGAUGCACUACUCGUACAAAGAUGCCGUCACGUUCGAUCAUGCCGAGGUACCGUCGUCGCUUCCCUCCAGCCCGAGCCGCUUGAACAAAAGUUCCUCGAACAGUACAAACGUCCUCACUAGUGAAGUGUUUACCCGCACGAUCGAUUCGUCCAAAUCGAUCGAGGUGAUCUACAAGCAACCGUCCACAUCGCACGAGCUGUACCGUCGGGUGCAAGGCGAGUACAACCGGUACAACGACGCCGACCUGAACUUUAUCGAGACGACCGACUCGAGCCUGUCCGAUUCGAUCGCACUGCCCUCCUCCUCCUCGGAGCAGGAGAGCGAUGCGACCGGCAAGCAGAGGCGCUCCGGCAGUCCGGAAGGUUCGCCGAAGCAGACCAGCUCCUCGUCCGCGGUGACGACGACCAUGACGACGCUCGCCGGGCGCAAGAACCUGCCCCAGCACUACCCGCACCAUCCGGUGCACCAGCACGUGGCCACCAAGCACGGCAGCUCCGGCUCCUCCGCCUCCGGCAAGCGCGCCCGAACCCAUUCGCCCGCCGAGCCCCGGUACCGCAAGUCGGACAUCUGGAGUCGUACCGACCCGCCAGCCUCCAGCCAAGAGCUACCGGAUACGUCGGAGGACAGCGACUCGUACUACUACCACCACCAGCAGCAUUGUCUGUUCCAGCAGCAGCAGCAGCACCAGCAGCACCAGCAGCUGCCGCCGGUGGCUGGAAUUGCUGACCGGCGUUUAACUGUGUCGCUCGAUGGGAUCGUGCUCGAGAGUAGCAUCUCGCCGAUACUAGACUUCCGGGCAUCGACGCCGCCGCGCAUGAAGUAUAAGUUUGAUUACGAUAGUUCUGUGUUUCCAGAUACGUACACCGAACACGACGAUGCAAAACCGACGUCGACCAGAAGCGAAGGCGAGGAUGAUGGGUAUCUAGUGCUGGUACGGUCGGAGGCAGGCCGGCUGGUCGACGACGUGCUGGAGCAGAGCGUAUCGAUCGUCAGCAGCUCGCAGGGCCCGGGCCCGAUGACGAUCGAUCGAGGUCUGCAGCAACCGUCCGAAAGCGAACAGUACGCGAUCCGUAGCGACAUCCUGUCGUCUACCGAUGGCGAUCUGGUCGUCAAGUCGCCCACCAUCGAGUCCAUGUCCGGCAAAUCGUUCGAUGACAAUAUGAGCAAUCCCGAGUACGAUGCGCUGUUGCUCGGUACUGCCGGCUUUGGGGCACCCGCGACCGGCGCCGACGGCGGGCAGCCGAUGAGCCGGGCACUCGGUGCGGACGAUACAGCCGCCGAGGAUGAGGGCAGCGAUGCAAAGCUGACUGCCGAUGGCGCUGAUACGGUCGCCACUGCCACGAAAGACCAGGCGGCCGAGUCCGCCCGGCGGGCGAAGAAAAUCGACCGCAAGUAUGCCCGCCUGUCGGCCGAUCUCGGACCGGAGGCGCUGCUCGAUAAGAACCAAGAGUACGACGAGGCGAUCUCGCAGAUCAAAGACGAAGUGUCGAUGCUGCAGAGCGAAUACUCCAAAAUGAGCUGGGACGAGAGCGUAUCCAUGACCACGGGCGAUUUCGGGUCCAGCACGCCCGACAACGAUCUGCAAGAAACAGAUUUGCAACAACAAACAGAAAAUAACAUACCCCAGACAACAACACCCCGCCUUGUGUCCCAAACAGUAGAGGCUGCUGCCCCGCCCGCUAGCGCUGUCUCUGACGCUUUUGUUAGCGGGCAGUGUGUUGCGAUUGCUGCAACAAGUACUAGCACCGUCACCACCACUGCUGCUAAUCUGCUAACCGACGCUAAUGAUGUUGCCACCGCUGACCAAUGCUUCACUGCUUCCGCUGCCAUUGUCGAAAGGACGGAGCAAAGCGUCCUCUCCACCACUACUAGCACGAUCGGAUCCAUCAGCAACGCGGAACAGUCCUUCUCGAUCGCGUCCACCGAGCCGGACAGGCCGAGCGAAUCUUCCAGCAGUGGCGGCGGCGGCGGCGGCUUCGACGGUCAGCCCGUACCGAAGCCUCGCACCAGCAUAUCCUCCCGCACGGAUACGGCCACCCGGUCCAGCCUGCUGGAGUCGUUCGAGCAUCAGGAUUCGAUCGAGCAGUAUCCCGAACCGGCCCCGGUCCAAUCGGCCGAGCCAGACCUCCGUCUCCGGCAAGGGUCGAUCACGUCCGACGAGCUGUCGAACGUGGCCCAGAAGGACUCGAGCGAGCUGGUCACCAGCGAGGAGGACAUUUCGAGCGGUGCCAAGUUCUUCAUCGGCGAGUGUAGCAGCGAUAUCAUCACCCGGUCCAGCACCGAGAAGCGGUCGGACUUUGCGUUCGACAACGAGGGCUACACGUUCUCGCAGGAGUCGCAGGGUACGGACGAUCAGGAGUCGCGGCGCGAUGCGAUGGAAGCGUACCAGCAGCAGAUCAAGCUGGAGGAUGGCUUUACCCUGGAUUCGCUUAAGGAGCUCGAUAUUGCUGGGUUGCAAUCGUCCGGCAAGCCGCCGGUGGUACAUUCGCCGGUAACAGCACCGGCAACUGUUCAGCCGUUUGCGGAGACCCAGUCCGUGAAGUCUGAGGUGGAUGUGGGCGAAGCAACCAUUCUUGAAUCGACCACCACCGAACAGCAGGAGCAGCAGCAGCAGUACGCGCACAUGACGAUCGACGAGCUGACCAUUGCUAAAACGCUCGAAGAGGUGAAGGAAUCGCUGGACGCCGUGCAGGAAGAGCUAAUCGAGGCGGUCACGGACGGGACGCCGAUCAAGCAGUCGCCGUCGGAGUUUGAGUUUAAGAUACUGCCCUCCACGCGCUACGUGCAGGAUCCGAUCUACGAAACCAACCAGGAGGAAGCGGUCGCCGUGUCGACGGCAACGGCCGCCGCCAUCACCACCACCACCAUCGUGAGCGAGAGUGGGCUGUCCGAUUCGGAGACGCGAUCGCUGGCUGCUGCUGCUUCAGCGCCUCCGAUCAAGAUCGACGAAGCGCCAACGGCCGCCGGUUCGUCCGACAGCUCGCAGCUGGAAGCGUCGCCCCGUUUGCGGCACGGUCCGGCUGCCGCCAAGGGUAACCGUUGGUCGGCAACGGAUGUGGACAGCUCGGGCGAAAGCCACUACCAAAGCUUCGAGCAUACGGACAGCAGCCGGCCGCUGUCGUCGGACCUGGAGCAGGUGCUGCCGUACGCUUCAUCCGAGUACGAAACGGCACUGGAUCACUCGAUGGUGCCGACCUCGCUCGGCACCGAGUAUCACAGUGCGGUCAGCACGCUGCACUCCUACGCGGUCAGCUCGCACGACAGCAUGAAGAGCUUCGACUCGGAAAGCUCGGGCAAUCUGGCCAGCAUCGAAUCGGAGGCGACGGAAACGCUCGUACCGUCCACGAUGGACGUCGACUUUGACUCGUCCGAUGCAGCCCUCAUUCACGACGAUUCCGAGGACGAUCUGCGCGACAAGCUGCUGCUGCUGGACGACAAGGAGGAGCCGUCGUCCGCCGCGUCCAGCAGCGUGCCGAUAGCGAUGAAGCGCUCGCACGAGAUGGACUUUGCCGAGCUGAAGGGUGAGUCCGUGGCCGACGAGAGUCUGCUCCAGUUUGGCGAGCAGCGCAGCCACGGCGUGGAGUCGGUGUCGUCCUCGUUCCAGGAGGAGAAGCUGCUCAGCUCGAGCAUCGGCACGGCACGGGAUUUGGUGGAGGCGAUGCAGGCGACCAGCCUGGAGGACGUGAAGACGGAACCGGCGGACGAUGGCAAGCUGGGCACGAGCCUGGAAGACGGUAGCAUACUGUCGAUCAGCCUGUCCAGUGCGUCCAAUCUGGAAACCAUCAUGGAAAACCUGUCGGACAAGACAACGUCCGCCGGGCCGGUUCCGACGCACGUGGAGAUUGGGCUGGACGCGGUGACGCCUACGACCGCCGGUACGACUGCCGGCUACAUCGGCGACAUUACGCUCACCUCGACCACGCUCAAGGAGGGAGACGUUAACUUCCUCAACACGCAGGCGACCACCGAGAUGAUCGAGGUGAGCGAGUCGGCCGAGCUGAUCGCUGGCCGGGAGGACAGCGAAGAGACGGUGCGCAAGCGGGGCCACAAGCGCACCGAAAGUACCGCCAUCAUUUCCGGCAAGUUUAUGGCGGAAAUGGGCGAGAACCGCGACUCGAUCGAGUCGCAGGACGAGUCACUGUCGCAGGACGCCUCCAAACCACCGACCAUCAGCUCGGAGCGGGACGAAACGCGGGAGGAAUCGUCCGACUCCGACUACGACCGGUACGAGAGCGAGUACGCCCGUUCGUUCCGGGCGCCGGUAGCGCAGCCGAAGAAGAAGGACAAAAAGGCGGGCGACGUGUUCGAGAAGGACUUUGAGCUGGAUCGGCGCAACUCGUUCUCGCCGUCCCAGUCGGUGAUCGAAACGAUCGUCGAGGAUGUGCACGCCGAGAUCGAGCAGGGCGACGAGGCGCAGCAGAUUAUGGUGAGCAAGAGCCAGCGGCUGCAGGAGUACCGCGAGUCGUCCACGCACAACAUACCGGACAUUCACGUGACGGAAGACUUUGCCGAGCAGCAGCAGCAGCAGCAGUCAUCGGAUGGCGAGGAUGAAGCGAAACGAGAAGCGACAGUCUUCUCCGAGACGGUUAGCGUAGUGGAGACUGUGACCAAGACGCAAGCCGACGCAACGGUGUCGUCCUCAGCGACCACCGUAAGGAAAGUUACGACCGAGACUGCGUCCACGUCCGCCGGCAUGACGAUGGCAAAGCAGACGGGCAUCCAGUACGCCAAGCAGGAGGAAUUUCAACUCACCGAGGAACAGUACCAGGAGCUGAUCGAGCAGAAGUACAAGGCAAAGCUAGCCGACUCGACCACCAAGUACGCGUUCGAUGCGGACGAUAAGGACGAUUCGGCCGGCUCGGACUCGUUCGAGAUGCUGGAGCAGCCGGACAUUUCGGACGAGUUCGUGAUCGUGGAGGAGGUCGCCCGGGAGGCGCACGAGUUCGACGCGGAGGGUAAAAGUGUCGCCAUCAAGCCCACCAAGAUCGAGAAGAAGCACGACGAGGACGUGGAGAAGAUACUGGUCAAGUCGGCACCGGCCCACACGAACGCCGGCUCGCUGUACGCGGCUAACAUGCGCGACGACAUGAUGUACGAGUUCGAGGAAAGCCCACCGACCGGUGGUGCCGAGGGCGUCGACGGAGGUGCCGGCGUCACGAUGGACCUGCUCAACAACGGGUACCCGCUGGAGGAGAGCAAGCGGUGGGUGGAGAUGCAGCUGGCAGAAACGCAAAACUUCCGCUACCCGUACGAGGACCGGCUGGAGGACAUCAAGGAGGAGGACACCGACUUCGAGGUGGGCAGCAGCCGCAUCGGCUCGAUCAAGGACUCGUUCUCCAGCACGCCCGACUACGAUCUGCUGGCGAAGCGGAUGGCGUCCCGCGAGCACGAUGACAUUUCCAUGAGCAGCCUGCAGGAGUUUGAGAAUCUCGAGCACGUGAUCUCGCUGGAGAACCGCAAGAUGCAGCAGGGCUCGCAGGACUCGCUCAGCAACGGUAGCUUCACGCGCCGGUUCAUGCAGCGCGGCAUGCACGGGGACGACAUCAGUCUGUCCAGUCUGAAGGAGUUCGAGGGGCUGGAGAACGCCUGUCUGGAGGCGCAUCUGAUCGAGAUAAAGGCAAAGGAGGAGGCCGCCCUGCUGCUGUCGCGCUCGGACGAAUCGAACAAGUCGAACGGGUCGAACGGUGCCAAACGAAGUCCACCGUCGAACGGGGCCGCUGCGGUCGGUUCGCGCCAGCAGUCUACGGAGGGUGCGGCAGCGACCAAAAUCAUUAGCAGCAGCACUUCCAUCACCACUACGGUAGUUGGUGGAGCCGUCGGGUCGAGUGUACCCAGUGGGGAAAUGACGAAGGUGGAAAGGAAGAUCACGACGGCAAGCGGCAGUGGUCGCGAAGGGUCUUCAACGACGACUGUCACGACGAUUACACACGUGGAGGGUCAGACACGGCAGGGCUUUGACGAGGAGGACUCCACCUCGCACCACAUUCUGACCGUGUCCAGCGACAGUCUGGACGGUACGCGUGUGAAGCAACCGCUGGCCAGUGGUAGGGAUGCAAUGCCGUCGGCACACUCGAGCAGCGACAGCCUGGACAUGCACAGCAAGAACAAUGUGGAUCCGAUGACGAGCAGCAUCGAUUCGAUCGAGUUCUCCAAGACGGGCAUUGCGACGACGCGCUCCUCGCAGUCCGAUUCGAUCGAGCAGAUGGCACAGCAGCAGCAGCAGCCCAACCGCAGCGACAGUACCGACUCGAUCGAGGCCCAGCAGCAGCUCCAACAGCAGCAGAAGCUCCAGCACCAUCAGACGUACCAUCAGACCACCACGCAGCAGACGCUGAGCGACACGAAGCGAGACUCGCUGGAAUCACUGGCCGCCAGCAGCAGCGACAAUCAGAGCGGAUUCAGCAGUCCCACCAAGUCUGCCCACGGCUCUCGACCACUGUCCGACAGUGGAGUUGGAGCAAGCGGUACAACCGCUCAUCAUCAGCAGCAGCAGCAGCAGCAGCAGUUCCACCACCAAACAACGACGAUGUCCACGCACACGGUCAGCACCGGUGGGCGUACGAUGCAGAAGGACAUAUCGGCCGACUCACUGACCGGACCGGACGCAGCAUUCCUCACCAGCACCGAAAGCCUCGAAACGAGCUCAACGGCCACGAACGCCACCUACCAGAACGAGACGGACUCGCAGAUGUCGUCUAGCGUGACGAGCUGCGACUCCAUCACGAUGGUCGACACGGUAGGGCCUUCGCAAUCGCUCGAACACUGGGACAGCUCGUUUACGGCCGGCGUUCAUGGUGGUGGGUUCGGUGCCAGCACCCUCAUGACCAGCUCCACGAUGAGUGCCUACUCCUCCGGUGUAGUUGGCAGCAGCGGUGGCACCACAAUCCAGCAGCAGCAGCAGCAACACGCAUUCCGUACUUCGCAUGCGGAAGCAUCAUCCUCCAUCCGCAUGUCAUCGUCGUCGUCGUCAUCGUCCACGGUGACGAUGGUGGCGAGCUCGGCGUCGUCAACGAGUGUUCGCACGGCGCAACAGCAGCUGAUGGGGGAAAGUGAACUAUUAAGUAGAGAACUGUUUCCAGGAGAAAUAGCUUUCGACGAUGUAAAGGAAACCAGCAAGGAACGGAUGCAAAGUAAAUCAACCGAAAAGGAAGAGUAAAUGUUGACGCCAACAAAAAAAGAAAACAUGUGCUGGACAUCGCUGGAGCAUAAACGGUCGACAAGCGAGUUGAUGGUGGCACCGCAGCAAGACAGAGCCGCAUAGAGGGUUGUGCCGCAAGCAGUGUGGAUUUCCCGCCAUUUUACCACAUUCUUCUCUACUCUACUUCUCUACGUACAGCCAAACCUUUUCAAACCCUUUAAACUUACAAACGCGCGUUAAAUCUUAAACACAUCCAGGGACGUUGGAGAAUGGAGAAUGGGAAGAAAGUUCUUCCACGUCGAUUGCUGUAGCUAUCGGUAGCCUUUUAACACAUGACGAUGAUCAACACACAGAAAAGGAAGGAUCGCAGACGAAACGGGGGUGUUUUUUUUUUAAAGGAAGAAUUACGUAGCAAAAAGGGGGGGAAAACAACCAAAGAAGCGUAGCUCAGUUCGAAACAUAUUCAGUUCCGCAUUCAAUGAACUAAACUCUAAGCAAGUAAGUUCUCUCCUUCACGCACUAUAUUCUAAACAAUUGCAUUCCAAGUAAAUGCUUUACACAAAACGAUGAUGACCAUUGACCGAUAAUGAGAAUAAACGCGAUGUAGGGCAAAUAGGAUGCAAAUCUGAGCGAUGACCGAGCGAUGAUCACGCGCGGCAAUGUGUAUAGUGUGUAAUGUGAGCUUUAUUGUAGCAUUGUUAGCUUCCUACUUUUGCGUCUACGCAAGCGCCGCUUAUUUAUUAUCGUGCAUUGAUGCCGCAAAAUCCAAAACCAACCCUAAGUCACCUAAUCCGCGUCGACGGUGUGACUUUAAUGCUAAGCUUCAAGCGUCUUUUAAGUCGACUACUUGUGUGAGCAGCUUCUCCUUUGUGUGCAGCUUCUAUUUCAAGGCGAAUCUGUAUGUGUGUGGGGGUUUGUAGGGUGCGAGGUGUGUUCAUGCUUACGUUUGCUUUCGUACUACCGCUUAGGACUGACGAAUAAGGAAAAUAACACAAGUUGAUAAAAUGAAUAAAAAAAACACACACACACACACACAGGAGAACAAGAUUCAAAGACCCAUUAGAGAGGGCUCGUGCGGCCGGAUAGCUUUUAGUGCUGGGCAAUAUUGUAGCAACAGGGGCCCCAGACAGUCAGCGAUAGAGGCGUUAGAGGCGGUAGAAACGAUCGAAAAAAAAAACGACGAAAGGAGGAAGUAUAUUUGAGAAUCUUUUUUUAAACAAACAAACCAAACGAUAUUGCUAAAGAACAGAAGAAAAAAAAACAGAACACUGUUGCAAGUAAUAGCAUGUUAUAGCUAAAAUAUACAUUUACUGAUCAAAUCAAACGUAUAAAAACAAAACAACCUUAUAUAUACACACUACAGAGCGGGCUUGCUUCAAAAUAAGAGAGAAGAUGAAAAAGAAAACUCCCUUUCCGAAAGACUAGAAAGGAAAAUCACCAAAACCGAUGGAAAAAGAAGCUGCAUUGAAUCGACGAAAGCACGACGAAGCGAAGUGAUUAGUAUAGCAGCAGAACAAGAAAAAGGAUAUUUUACCGAACGGGCAAGCCCGCUUGCAUAAUAAUACAAUUUGAAGACAAGAACAGAAUAGAGUUAAAAGAAAAAUAAGAAAACAAAACAAAAAAAAAACAACAGCAAAAAAGAGGAGGCAAAUAAAACGAACAAAAUGAUUAAAUUCGUAGAAAAGGGCGGGAGAAAACGGUGAAGGAGAUAUCGGAAAGGGGGAGAAAAACUCACAUAAAUCGCUACCACGUGCUACCAAAACUAAUUAAACAAACAAAACAUAUUAUUAAUACAAAAACCAAAAACAAAACCCAAACACAGCAUACUUACAUGGAUGUACUAUUUGCAAACAACAACCAAAAAAAAAAAACUAUGAAGAAUAAAAGUGCUUAUGACAAACAUA